AAAACACUUAUAGUUCCUCCUAUUGAAUCAACACCUAUGUGGAUAGGAGAUAGGGCAUUUUGUUAGAGGCUCAGUUGACAGCAUGUGAGCUACUGGUCUCUACACUGAAACAGAUCAGAGCUGUACCGAUGAUAUCUAUUGGAUACAGUUACAUACUUAAACAGAAACAUGUCCAUCACUGUCAACCUGAAGAGGAUCACCAAUCUACCUGGGACGUAUGAUCGAAAAGUGGAGUUAUCCUUUCGAGGUACAUAAGUGCAGUUAUUUUGAGCUUUCAGGAAUUCAGCUUUCAUUAAUAUAUUUGAUAUGAUUGUCUGCCAUGGAUGCAAGUUAUCCUCUGAACAUUUAUUGUAUUUGAUUGACAUGAAAGUAAAUGUUUGCUUUACCUGGAAUUAAACCUGAGGAUCAACUAGGUGAAAGAGGAUUAUUUCAUAUGGGGUGGUGUUGUACAUUUAGUCAUUUUGUAGAUCCACAGGUGUAUUACAGUUGUUCUUGAAUUAUGGUAGCAUUUGAAGCUAUGAAGUGUUUGUUUAUAAUUACAUUGUUUACAAACAAUGCAGUGAAUGCAUUGUUUGUAAACUUAGCUUUUGGGUUCUGAUGGAGUUAGACAGUUGAACUAAGCUCAUAAGCUUAAGUUAUAUUCUUUAAGAAUCAAUGGCUACAUAUAAUUAAUUUAAAACUCAGAACAUGUAUGUGGCAAUAGCAGAUUGCCCCUUUAAACAGAGGCCACAGAUUAUCAAUCCUAAAGUCAUUAACACCCUUUUUCUUUAAAUAAAGUGAUAUGAUUAAUAAUUUUGCUCACAAUGUAAUUUCCCUUAAUUUAAAUUGAGGAACACCAAUGACACUUUCAAUUUAGACAUCAAAUUAUCAAUGGAUACAUUUAUGACAUGCUAAAAGGGUGUGAUUAGCUAAUAAUCCUCUUUAAUAUAGACACCUCCCCCGAUAACAGUUUGCCACUCGAGGGAAUGCUCAAGGUCCUUGUAUAUCUUUGUAAUAAGGAAUUUUCAAUAGUAUUUUUAAUAGCAUUUUGUUUUUAUUGACCUAUACAAUAUAUUACACAUGUUUACUUUCUUCCAUUUAAAAUGGUAGAUAUACAGUAUAUCUAUACAUUCCCAAAUGUCACUACAACUGUACUCGAUUACUACUGGGACAAACCAAGUACUUUUAACAAAUCAUAAACAUAAUGUUUUGCAGUAUAAAGGACUUUCAUUAUGUUGUAUCAAUGAUAAACAGUUCAAUAUAAACAAAAACAUGCAUGAUGUGUAACUAUUUGCCAUUUUAAAGUGUUUUUCAUGGUUGCAAAGGAGAGGGAUGCAAAUGCCACCGCAAUUCAAGAACGACCCAUUAAAUUACUUAUAGGAAAACAGUAUCAUCUUAUUAAAACUACUGUGGUUUAUAUACUUAUUUUCAAGUUUUUGCCAGUGUAAUGAUAAUUUCUACUGUUUUCUGUCCUACAGUAUAUUCAUACAAUGUGUGUAUGUCUGUAGUCUUCUCAGCAUAUUUAUCCAUUCUCUAGGUUUUACCCACAAAACCAAGAUUCUUCAGUGUGAAAAUAUUGCCAUUUUAAAUGAGGUAAGAUCCUUCUUGAAUUAAAUAUUUUGCCCACUAUCAGGGUUGGAGUCAAUUCGAGUUGAAAUCAUACAAUUCAGGAAGUGAUUUUAAUACAAAAUAAAAAAUUAAAAAACUUUUGAAAUAAAUUAUAGUUUCUCCUUUUCAGUUUAUUGAAAAGUCAUUGAAAACAGAUGCCCUUGUUCAAUUAUUGUAAUGGAAUUUCAGUUUACUUCCUGAAUGAACUGAUUUCAAUUCGAAUUUACCCCAACCCCAAGCCUGGGUACCACUCCCUGUACUCCAUGUCGUGCCAAAGAGACUGGCCUUUCUGCUAUCGUCAAAUAUUAGAACUCCUAUCACUUUUAACUUUUUCUCCACAGAACACGUUGGUAUAUGGUUGCGCUAAGCAACCGUUUGUUUAUCCAGACGAAACCAGUUUGUCAAAAGUUGCUAGCUCAUGUCUUAAUUCUCAAACUAAAUAAAUACUGUAAUUCCAACCACAACAUUUAUUCGUUUUAAGCCUCAAACUACAACAACUUGCCUAGCUAACAGCUAAAUGUUUGUUUUUGACUUUGUUAUAAAUUCUAACUCUAUUUUUUGAGGCUCCACAUGUUGUCAUGGAAAAUAUUAAUGUUAUUUCCAACAACCAAUGAGCAACUCCACCGUAGAUCCAGCGCAUAUUGAAUGCUGAGAGAUGCCGAAAGGCCAGUCUCUUUGGCAAUAAUAAGGAAUGGAAUGUUAGCUAAAGAGACUGGUACUCAGACUGCCCUAACCCUGCUUCCCGUUAAUUAAGCAGUAAGGCCCGAGGGGGUGUGGUAUAUGGCCAAUAUACCAAGGCUAAGGGCUGUUCUUGUGCACGACGCAACGCAGGCAGGAUACCGCCCAUAGCCAUGGUAUAUUGGCCAUAUACCACAAACCCCAGAGGUGCCGUAUUGCUAUUAUAAACUGGUUACCUAAUCCUGAAUGCUGAUUGGUUAAAACCGCAUUCCAGACAGUGUCUAUUCCACAAGUUACCACCAGCUAAAUCUACAGUGAGGAAAAAAGUAUUUGAUCCCCUGCUGAUUUUGUACGUUUGCCCACUGACAAAGAAAUGAACAGUCUAUAAUUUUAAUGGUAGGUUUAUUUGAACAGUGAGAGACAGAAUAACAACAACAAAAAUACAGAAAAACACAUGUCAAAAAUGUUAUAAAUUGAUUUGCAUUUUAAUUAGGGAAAUAAGUAUUUGACCCCCUCUCAAUCAGAAAGAUUUCUGGCUCCCAGGUGUCUUUUAUACAGGUAACGAGCUGAGAUUUGGAGCACACUCUUAAAGGGAGUGCUCCAAAUCUCAGCUUGUUACCUGUAUAAAAGACACCUGUCCACAGAAGCAAUCAAUCAAUCAGAUUCCAAACUCUCCACCAUGGCCAAGACCAAAGAGCUCUCCAAGGAUGUCAGGGACAAGAUUGUAGACCUACACAAGGCUGGAAUGGGCUACAAGACCAUCGCCUAGCAGCUUGGUGAGAAGGUGACAACAGUUGGUGCGAUUAUUCGCAAAUGGAAGAAACACAAAAGGCCUGUCAAUCUCCCUCGGCCUGGGGCUCCAUGCAAGAUCUCACCUCGUGGAGUUGCAAUGAUCAUGAGAACGGUGAGGAAUCAGCCCAGAACUACACGGGAGGAUCUUGUCAACGAUCUCAAGGCAGCUGGGACCAUUCACCAAGAAAACAAUUGGUAACACACUACGCCGUGAAGGACUGAAAUCCUGCAGCGCCCGCAAGGUCCCCCUGCUCAAGAAAGGACAUGUACAUGCCCGUCUGAAAUUUGCCAAUGAACAUCUGAAUGAUUCAGAGGAGAACUGGGUGAAAGUGUUGUGGUCAGAUGAGACCAAAAUGGAGCUCUUUGGCAUCAACUCAACUCGCCAUGUUUGGAGGAGGAGGAAUGCUGCCUAUGACCCCAAGAACACCAUCCCCACCGUCAAACAUGGAGGUGGAAACAUUAUGCUUUGGGGGUGUUUUUCUGCUAAGGGGACAGGACAACUUCACCGCAUCAAAGGGACGAUGGACAGGGCCAUGUACCAUCAAAUCUUGGGUGAGAACCUCCUUCCCUCAGCCAGGGCAUUGAAAAUGGGUUGUGGAAGGGUAUUCCAGCAUGACAAUGACCCAAAACACACGGCCAAGGCAACAAAGGAGUGGCUCAAGAAGAAGCACAUUAAGGUCCUGGAGUGGCCUAGCCAGUCUCCAGACCUUAAUCACAUAGAAAAUCUGUGGAGGGAGCUGAUGGUUCGAGUUGCCAAACGUCAGCCUCAAAUCCUUAAUGACUUGGAGAAGAUCUGCAAAGAGGAGUGGGACAAAAUCCCUCCUGAGAUGUGUGCAAACCUGGUGGCCAACUACAAGAAACGUCUGACCUCUGUGAUUGCUAACAAGGGUUUUGCCACCAAGUACUAAAUCAUGUUUUGCAGAGGGGUCAAAUACUUAUUUCCCUCAUUAAAAUGCAAAUCAAUUUAUAACAUUUUUGACAUGCGUUUUUCUGGAUUUUUUUGUUGUUAUUCUGUCUCUCACUGUUCAAAUAAACCUACCAUUAAAAUUAUAGACUGAUAAUUUCUUUGUCAGUGGGCAAACGUACAAAAUCAGCAGGGGAUCAAAUACUUUUUUCCCUCACUGUAUGGCGUUAAAAUGCCUAUUUAAUCUGUUCCAUCUGACUGUGCAAUCCACUGUCUCAUCAGUCCAGCCAAGCAAUUUAUAAACUUGAUCUCCACUAUAAAAAGCAUCUAGACAUUAUCUCACAUUUCUUUUAGACUAACAUUUAGUUUUCAACAGCGGAGAUUUGUAUAAACCUUGCUGUCUGUCUCUCCGACAUUUGCAACAUUGUUUCAAUAUUCAAAUUCGAUCUCCAGCUGUCCCAUAGUAAUGAACGAGUCGGGAUGAGACAGACAGGCAGAGUUUCUCAGCCAGUCGAAAUCAUGAAUCAGCUGGCAUAAUUUUUAUGGAUAUAUACAAAGAAAUGUCAAUUAAAAAAAGGUCAAAUGAAACGAAGUGCAGCUAGUUUGCAGUCUUUCCAGCUUCAGUUUGAAGUGAUUGUGUUAGCUAUGUUGUUGGCUAGCUCCUCUGAACAACAGUGUCCUGACGAGUGAGCACAUUUUCUACGCCAGGCGAAAUCGCUCCUCAUUAGCUCAUUGUUAUGGAUGUAUCCAAAUAAAUGUCACUAGAAAACAGCUUAAACAAAUGCAAAUGCAGCUACUUUGCUGUUAUUCUGACAUGACCUUAAGUUAGCCGUAGUUGGCUAGCUAGCAAGCAAGGGAUAAGAACGUUGCCAGCAAGUAUGGCAAUGGAACGUUUAGAACGAACGACUGGGUCGCGUCCAUAGAUACAGAACAAAAGACUGAACGACUGGGUCACAUCUCUGGCAACAAGCCGGCUUGGGUAGCAACCCUAGAUUUGUGUCGGGACUAUAUAUUGUGGAAGGAUGAAAUUAUAUGAUUAAAUUCAUCAAAAAUAACAUUUUUAAUGAAAAUAUGUCAAUUAUUUUUUGAAUAUGUUGGUAACCACUAGUAUACCCCCAAGUACUUCUCUGCAGCUGCCACAACAACAUCUAUUUUCUGUGAUUUAAGUUCCAAUUCUGCGGUACAAUUGAUAACCAUUGCUAUAAAUGCUAAGAAGCCAACCUUACUGAAGCAUAUAUCACUCAUUGGCCUAUCCCUCUGUGCUCGCACAGAUCUACAGUGGCUUGCGAAAGUAUUCACCCCCCUUGGCAUUUUUCCUAUUUUGUUGCUUACAACCUGGAAUUAAAAUGUAUUUCUUGGGGGGUUUGUAUCAUUUGAUUUACACAACAUGCCUACCACUUUGAAGAUGCAAAAUAUUUUUUAUUGUGAAACAAACAAGAAAUAAGACAAAAAAACUGAACUUGAGCGUGCAUAACUAUUCACCCCCACAAAGUCAAUACUUUGUAGAAACACCUUUUGCAGCAAUUACAGCUGCAAGUCUCUUGGGGUAUGUCUCUAUAAGCUUGGCACAUCUAGCCACUGGGAUUUUUGCCCAUUCUUCAAGGCAAAACUGCUCCAGCUCCUUCAAGUUGGAUGGGUUCCACUGGUGUACAGCAAUCUUUAAGUCAUACCACAGAUUCUCAAUUGGAUUGAGGUCUGGGAUUUGACUAGGCCAUUCAAAUACAUUUAAAUGUUUCCCUUUAAACCAUUCGAGUGUUGCUUUAGCAAUAUGCUUAGGGUCAUUGUCCUGCUGGAAGGUGAACCUCCGUCCCAGUCUCAAAUCUCUGGAAGACUGAAACAGGUUUCCCUCAAGAAUUUCCCUGUAUUUAGUGCCAUCCAUCAUUCCCUCAAUUAUGACCAGUUUCCCAGUCCCUGCCGAUGAAAAACGGGGAUGGUGUUCUCGGGGUGAUGAGAGGUGUUGGGUUUGCGCCAGACAUAGCGUUUUCCUUGAUGGCCAAAAAGCUCAGUUUUAAUCUCAUCUGACCACAGUACCUUCUUCCAUAUGUUUGGGGAGUCUCCCACAUGCCUUUUGGCGAACACCAAACGUGUUUGCUUAUUAUUUUCUUUAAGCAAUGGCUUUUUUCUGGCCACUCUUCUGUAAAGCCCAACUCUGUGGAGUGUACGGCUUAAAUUGGUCCUAUGGACAGAUACUCCAAUCUCCGCUGUGGAGCUUUGCAGCUCCUUCAGGGUUAUCUUUGGUCUCUUUGUUGCCUCUGAUUAUUGCCCUCCUUGCCUGGUCCGUGAGUUUUGGUGGGCGACCUUCUCUUGGCAGGUUUGUUGUGGUGCCAUAUUCUUUCAAUUUUCUAAUAAUGGAUUUAAUGGUGCUCCAUGGGAUGUUCAAAGUUUCGGAUAUUUUUUUAUAACCCAAUCCUGAUCUGUACUUCUCCACAACGUUAUCCCUGACCUGUUUGGAGAGCUCCUUGUUCUUCAUGGUGCCGCUUGCCUGGUGGUGCCCCUUGCUUAGUGGCGUUGCAGACUCUGGGGCCUUUCAGAACAGGUGUAUAUAUACUGAGAUCAUGUGACAGAUCAUGUGACACUUAAGAUUGCACACAGGUGGACUUUAUUUAACUAAUUAUGUGACUUCUGAAAGUAAUUGGUUGCACCAGAUCUUAUUUAGGGGCUUCAGAGCAAAGGGGGUGAAUACAUAUGCACGCACCACUUUUCCGUUAUUUUUUUUUUUCCCUGCCUCUCUUGGGAAAUUCGGACACUUCAGACACCCAAAUGAAAAUCCUUAAUACAGUUGAACAACAACUUGUAAUGCCAGGCGAAACUGCACACAUACCAUCACAGGCCCUCCCGAUCUCCCACCUUGGACAUCUCCUCCUACACACUGCUGCGACAUACCAACACUUUGCACUUAACUGCUGUAGCCGACCUCAACCAGCUCUAACACGGACACUCGAUAAGUCCAACGUGCACCUUGUCGUUAAACACUAUCAACUCAAAACUACACAAUCCUCUAUCCCAUGCUCCUGCACUCGUUCCAAUCUGGAUUCCGUCCACACACCAGGACAUCUUCACUUGAAAUGGAUCCGACUCACACUUAACUCUAACAGAAACUCAAUUCCCUCAACUGUGCCUGUCGGGAAAGCGACAAACCAAAGAUACAGUGUCUCUUUUCACCAAGUUGCACUGCACGGAACCCAUGCUUCACUUGAUUGACCACAAAUCACACCAACAUCACAAGUCCACUUUGGAUUUGUGCAUUAAUUGCAAGCAACAGCCAAUCAAAACGAAUGCGUUUGUCACAUGAUCCAUUCGAAGGUUCGGAAGUCCGGCCCAGUUGUCAUGUCAACAACACAGUGCUGCGGAACCGUGAUCAAGGUGGACAGAAGAGACAUUAACCAAAUGGGAGCUGUAUAAAAUAAAUACUGGCAUUAGGGCUAGUGAAGGUUUAUGUACAUGGUUUGGAAGUCAGUAGCUAGGUUUCCAUCCAAUUGGCGACAGAUUUUCAUGUGAAUAUUCUAGAAUCCGCAUAAAGAAAAUAUGUUCAGUUUCCACCAAAUGGACUUGUUGCAGAUAAAAUCAGUGUGUGAUGACAUAGUGCACACAAAAUGUACUUUUUCGCUGAAGUUUUCAUGUACUGAAUAAAAAUCUAAAGUUCGAUGUGUUUCAUUUGUAUUUCCAAGUCUACCGAUAGUUUUCUCACAAAAAUGGUUGCAUUAAAUAGCAAAUGUGCCUACUCUGGUCUUGGCACCUGCGCUCUAGCCUACAGCUCGCAGAUACAGUGUGGGUAGGCUGUGCGGGUUGUCUAGUCUACAUGGUGAGAUUAUUAUGGAUAAGAUCGAGAAUAUUUGUCAAAUGGCAGUUAAGCCUUGAUCAUCAUGUCACCAGAAUAAGACCCUCGAUAUUUAUUGAAAAGCAGCAUCAAGCUCAUCACCAUGUACUUUCACCACCCUGUGAAGUUCACCGUAACUUAUUUCCUCUGUAGCCUAAUAAACUGCAUGGUUUCCCAAGUCGUAGUGGGAGGACCACACACACGAUAUCAUCGCGUGACUCCAAAUCUACUUCGAUAUGAUGGUUUUUGGUUAAUUCAUGUAACAGCAAAGUUGCUUGAGAUGAUGUCACUUGCAACCUGCAAGUUGCUUUGUUUAGGGGUUCACAGGAUGUUGCACUCACCUUGGCUGUUGUCGAAUCCACAAGAUAAUUUUGCCACUAACCUUGGCUGUAGUCGAAUCCACAAUACUUUUUGGAUAUUUGAUGAUCAUGUUAGGUUCUAGAGUGCAACAUCCCUUUUGAUUUGAUUGUGGUAAAUUAGGGGGUGGACUGUAAUUUGUGUGAGAUUUUACAAUCAUUUCGGAACUGUCCGCAUAGAAAAACUAGGUCUCUCUCUCUCUCUGUGUGUGUGUGUGUGUGUGUGUGUGUGUUCUUUGUAUGAUCUUUUAUUAGCAAUGCUAUGACUACUUGUAGGUUGGAUGGAGCUCAAGGCUCUGUUCCUCUCUCUGUGAGUCAUCAAGUUGUCAUUUACCUUACUGGUAAUGGGUGGAUAUUCUCCACACAUAGCAAACACGGGUGCUAAGCUCACAGUGGCACUGUGCAUGCACGCACAAAUACAGACAGAGAGAGAGAGAGACUGGGGUUAACCUUUCACAAACACACAUUGAAGGUGGUACUGAAUCAACAUGAGGAGUCUCCAUAUCCCUUGUAAAGAAACGUAUUCAGUUUCUUAUUUGCGUUCGCAUUUGUUGAGGGUUAGUUAGUGGAAGUUAUCGACUGCUAAUUAUCUUUUUGCUAUUUACAGGUAUGUUUGAUUGAUGCUAUUAUACAAAUGUGAACAAACACAUGCAUGGUUCCAUUUUAUGGUGUUAUUGUUUUCCUGAACAUAGAUUUGCAGAACUUCCAAUGAUGUUGGUCCCUCUUUAAGAAAACUUUAAAUAUAGAUGUCAUCAGUGACUUUUAAGUGUUUUGUUUACAGAAUACAAAGUACACUUCUGUCCUGGGAUCCUGGUAAUGGCAAGCAAAUGUGUGAUUGAUGAGAGAAUAUCGCCCCCUCACAAAUUACCCCCAGCUAUUCCAUACUCUUGAAUGUCUCCAUUUCUGCAGCACUUCAGGUGGCCACACUAUGGGAAGGUCAUCAAGGGUGAGGUUCUCUCUGUCAGUGUGUACAACUGCAGCAAGGUUUUCAGCAACAGGUCAGUCUACAGAUCAUCUGACGUAACUGUGACAUGCAAGGCCACACAUAUCAAUAGUGGUUUAUCUUUCAAGUAAUCAUUCGAUAUCUCACUAUGGGAUACAUCUUUGGGGUGUCACCACUUCUGUCGAAGACAGACUGGCUGCGCUGCGACUGGGAGGGACCCUCCCCCUUUAUAAGUCGCUGCGUGCGAAAAAAGAGGCUAGCUAACGCUGCAAAGCUAAGAUAGCUAGCCUAGUUAACACUGCAAAGCGAGCUAACCAAGCUAGCUAACUCGUGAAGGCGAACUACCUACCGCUUCUAGCUAGUCCUACCCACCAACAGUGGAAUUGCUAUCCAGCGCCCUUGUUUAGUGCACCUAGCAUUCAGUCAUUUUGUGCUUACUGAACUGCCCAGUCCCACCUCACGGUGCUACGGUCAAAGGUUCUUGCAAGACCGGAGAAAGACGCCACACACGCGGCUUUCUUCGGCUAGCUUUGUGCUAGCUCAAGCUAGGCUACUAGCCCAUGAGGCGAACGCCAGCUAGCUAACUACCAGCUUAGCUAACUACCAGCUUAGCUAAAACUAAAGCCUCACAGCUAACGUUGUGCUUACUAAACUGACCAGUCCCACCUCAUGGUGCUAAGGUUUGAGAGACUCCAAAAGUGAAGGAAGACGCCACCCACAUUGCUUUCCCGCGGCUUAAGCUAGACUACUAGCUCACACAACUAACGUCAGCUAGCUAACUGUCAUCUAGUGACUGCUAGCUUAGCUCUCGUAUUUAGUUCACCUAGCAAUCAGUUGCUUUGUGCUUACUAAUUGAACCAGUCCCAUCACACGGUGAUCCGGUCUGAUGAGCGAAAAACAGGCUAGCUAACGCGUCAAGGUGAGCUGUGCCACUGCUAGCUUAGCUUAUGGGCCAAAGCCCACACGGCUAACGUCGGCUAGCUUACAUAGCUACCAAACUUUCUCCCUGCGAUAUGGCUGCCCUCACCCCUUCACAAGGCGACUCUAACAAGGCUAAGGACCCUGCACCUCAUCCGUGUGCAUGCAGGUCUUUGAUUUCAAACAAGGAUUCAUAUACCCUUUGUAUUGCUUGUCUGGGGGUCGAGCAGGGCCAAGCCUCGUUCGAUAACCCUGAAUCUUGCUCGCAUUUCCGUGUGUUGCCAGAGGAAAAAGUCUACAACCUUUUUUUUUACCAACAGAGUUCCUGUCAAGGGCUACUCUAGUUCGGACAUGUAUGGAAUAAAAUAGCUCAGACUGCUGACGGCUAGCUAAAUACGGCUAGCUUAGCUAAAUUAAAGCCCAUAGGCAAGGACAUGUUAAAACAGCCCCAGGCUAACACUAGCUGGGCUGACAUCACAGUUGCCACCAAGCACUGUUCCCACUCCAAGGGCACAGGGCCUUGUUUUUUAAGUGAAAAGGGUGACUCUCUAGAACGCCACCAGAGAGUGCCACCACACCAUCUCUGGUGAGCGCGAGUCAUCAGUCUUGUGGACAGCUCACUGCCAAAGGGGAGAAUUGAUGCACAUGCGCAGUUAAUCCCUGGGUGCUAUCCACGAUUACGAGGGGAUACAGGGUUCAGUUCGCUAUAAAACCACCCAUUUUCUUCUGGAUAAAUCUUCCAUCCUCAUCCGGAUCAGCUGGCCCUCUGGGCAUGCCCGUAAACUGAUUAAUCUAAAUCCGACAGGCCUGCCACUUAAAGUUGUUGCGGGUGCCAGGGCCCCUUCCACAUGUUCACUGUAUGACAAUAAGUGGCACGUGUUUGAGAGAUGGUGCGAUCUGCAACAGAUAAUUCCUUAUCAGUGCUCUGUAUCCGAAGUGUUAUGCUUUUUACAAAACAAUACAGUAGGAAAACAUCCACUUGUAUGUCAUUUUAUGAAGGGUGUGCGUCGUUUAUGCCCAGUUUCAAAGCCUUGAGUCCCGUCAUGGGACCCCAAAUCAAAUCAAAUUGUAUUUGUCACAUGCGCUGAAUACAACAGGUGUAGACCUUACCGUACCGACCCAUGGGGCGGCGCACAAUUGGCCCAGCGUCGUCCAGGUUAGGGGAGGGAAUGGCCGGCAGGGAUGUAGCUCAGUUGGUAGAGCAUGGCGUUUGGGCCACUAUAAUAUAUAUAUUUUUUUAAUGAAAAAAUAAAUAAUGUAUGCACUCACUAACUGUAAUUCGCUCUGGAUAAGAGCGUCUGCUAAAUGACUAAAAUGUAAAUGUAAAUGCUUACUUACAAGCCCUUAACCAACAAUGCAGUUUUAAGAAAAAUAAGAGUUAAGAAAAUAUUUACUAAAGAAACUAAAGUUUAAAAAGUAACACAAUAAAAUAACAAUAACGAGGCUGUAUAUACAGGGGGUACCGGUACCGAGUCAAUGUGCGGGGGUACAGGUUAGUCGAGGUAAUUGAGGUAAUAUAUUCAUGUAGGUAGGGGUAAAGUGACUAUGAAUAGAUAAUAAAGAGCGAGUAGCAGCAACGUAAGAAAAAGGGGGGUCAAUGCAAAUAAUCUGGUUAGCCAUUUGAUUAGCUGUUCAGCAGUCGUUGGCUUGGGGGUAGAAGCUGUUAAGGAGCCUUUUGGACCUAGACUUAGCGCUCCAGUACCGCUUGCCGUGCGGUAGCAGAGAGAACAGUCUAUGACUAGGGUGGCUGGAGUAUUUGGCCAUUCUUAGGGCUGGAAGCUUGGCCCCAGUGAUGUACUGGGCCGUACGCACUACCCUCUGUAGCGCCUUGAGGCGGUGAAUCAACCAGUCAGGAUGCUCUCGAUGGUGCAGCUGUAGACAUUUUUGAGGAUCUGAGGGCCCAUGCCAAAUCUUUUCAGUCUCCUGAGGGGGAAUAGGCAUUGUCGUGCCCUGUUCACGACUGUCUCGGUGUGUUUGGACCAUGAUAGUUUGUUGGUGAUGUGGACACCAAGGAACUUAAAGCUCUCGACCUGCUCCACUACAGCCCCAUCGAUGAGAAUGGGGGCGUGCUCGGCCCUCCUUUUCCUGUAGUCCACGAUCAUCUCCUUUGUCUUGAUCACGUUGAGGGAGAGGUUGUUGUCCUGGCACCACACUGCCAGGUCUCUGACCUUCUCCCUAUAAGCUGUCUCAUCGUUGUCUGUGAUCAGGCCUACCACCGUUGUGUUGUCGGCAAACUUAAUGACGAUGUUGGAGUCGUGCUUGGCCACACAGUCGUGUGUGAACAAGGAGUACAGGAGUGCAGGAGGGGACUAAGCACGCACCGCUGUCUAUUGUGCUCGAAGCUACAGUAUUUCACAGCAGCCUUUAGAGCCGAUGGAAAGCGUGAGUGCCUCUCUUUCAAAACUGCUUUGCUACUUGCCCUUACUUCUGCAAAGCAAGAAAUGUGUGAGCUGCAUGCAGUUCAUCACUCGUGCCUGCAAUUUGCCCUGGGGUUGCCUAAGGUCAGCAAAUUGUGCCUAAGGUUAGCAAAUUAUCCUACAAUUGCCUCAUAUUAGAAUGCUUUUCACCCACUGCCUUUCUCCUCUCUGGAGGAAGUACGGCUCCAUUGUUUCUGUCCAGCGCGCACUUUACGCAUCUAUAUGGACAGGAGGAGGGUUUUAAGGAGGAGAAACUAGCUUUUUGUCUCCUGGGCACCUCCUCACACAGGUAAACUACUCCGCAGUGCAACCUGUCAGACGUGGUGUAAUUCGUGCUUCAAUGGUGAUCACGCCCCGAAAGUGUUUCCCAUAGUGAGAUACCUCACUCUAUUAUCAGAGAACCUGGGUUACGCAAGUAACCAUACGUUUUGUGUAUAGGUUUUAUAGUAUGUUUAUUUUGUGACCAGCCUUUCUUCACUGAGGGGAAAAAUAAAUCCCAACAAAAGACAAAUGCUGAAUUUAAUCUAAUGUUUAAUUCAAUUGAUUUAUAUAAUAUGCUUAUAUGGAGGGGUGGCCCAAUGCUGUUUGACCGUGAUGUCUCCCUCAGGCUCCUGGGUAAAUUAAUCAUUAGUCUCCAGCAUGUGGUGACCGCUGGGAGACUGCUACUUCGAGAGCCACUGACAGACAGCAACUACAGCCAGACAAAUGUAAGUCAAACACAUACACCAGUGGAGGCUUCUGCAGGGAGGAUACGGAGAAUGAACCUCCCCUGUAAUGUGGAAGAAAUGUAUAUUUUUUAAACGAAUGAAAAAAGCAUCCUGGUACACACAUACACAACACACACGCAUACACAGGUUUAUUUAUCUAUAAAGGCACUUUUUAUACUUUAUAUGUUCAGAUAUACAUUGAGCUGGACGUACGAUACCACCCUGUGCAAGGUGCUGCCGGUGGAUGGGAGGGGGAGGAAUUCCUCAAUGUGGAAGACAAUGAUGAGUGAGUGAAAGAAUAGUAUGCAGAAUACUGCACCAUAUUUCUUCCACCAUAUUUGUCUAUACUUGAUAACAGAUUGCAUGCUCACCGACAUUGUUAUGUUCUUCCUAAUAAUGUUGAUGAAUUAAUAUAUCAUUAUAUUUCAAAAAAAUCUUCAAGUCACAUAUCAAACUCUCUCUCUCAUUUUCUCUCCCACCUUUCCCCGUUUCUCAGCUCAGGCCUUGUUAUCAGAAACUCUGGUUUUGCUGAGCCUGGGUAAGUCCUAGACACUGUAAUUGAGAUUGUUAUUGAGGAGUGCUCAAAUUUGAUUGAUUGAUGUCAUUCUGAGAUGAGAUCACAUUCAGUGAACUCUAGUCAUAUGGAACGUUUCUGUGGACGAUUUCUCAAGUUUGAGACAUUUUGUUCAUUUGUUUCUUAUUGUAUUUCAUAUGACAAUGAUCCAAACGAUGAUCCUUUGACUCAGGUUAAAGCAGAGUCUGCGACCCGAGAAACUCGACCGAGAGACCAGGAAAUUAGGGCGCGGUCUGGUCAAAACCGGGGACGAGGAUGAUGAAGACGAUGACGAGGAUGAUGACGAUUAUGACAUAUCAGACAUGGAGUCUGCCAACAUAACGUUCACUCCCAUUUUAAGGUGUUUUGUUUUUUUCUCUUGUUUCUGUAGAGGGACUUUUUUUAUUUUUUUUUAUUUUUUACACACAGUAGUUUUCGUUGAAAAAGUGUAUAUUUAUAUGUUGUCUGUGUUAUAUGUUUUAGUCGUUGCAGACCUCUUUCAAAGCAUGUGCUUGCCGCCACACCUCGAGUACAGAGCUUCCAGGUGAGUGAGGAAAGUUAUGGACGAGAAGGCAUAGGAACAGUUUCCCUCAACACCAUUAUUAAGAGAUGCUUAUGUCAACCUUUAAAACGCACUGGUUUAUGUAAUAUUUGACAUAAUGGGUUAUGUCACAUUCGACAUUGGUGGUUAUGUCACACAGUUAUGGCACAUUUAUGAAUCCUUUAUAGAGCGUGGCAUACAGUUCUAGAUGAUUUGUGACCCAUUUAUAUAGUGCUUUUGAAGCCUUUAUUAAUGCUUUAUAAGGACUUCAUAAAUGGCACUUCAUUUAAAGCGGGACAAAGUUGGGUCCAUCUAAUCUAAUCUUUAUGAUCACACCAUUAUUUGGUCCAUGGAAAACUUAAUUCAAGACCAGCAUCUUAAAGUCUCUUUCACUCUUUCUCUCAGGUUAAUGUGAAUGUGUUGGAGGCCCAGAAACUGGUGGGUGUGAACAUAAAUCCAGCCGUGUAUGUCAGAGUGGGAGAAGUGAAAAGGAAAACCGCUACACAGAAGUCCACCAACUGUCCAUUCUACAAUGAGGUGGUCUUUUUAACCCCUGAGUAUCAGGGGGUAUAGAAUAUACACUCAACACCAUAUGUAUUUGGACAGUGAAGCUAAAAUGUUAAAUGUGUCUUUAUACUCUAGCAUUUUGGAUUUGAAAUCAAAUGUUUCGUAUGAGGUGACAGUUCAGAAUGUCACCUUUUAUUUGAGGGUAUUUUCAUACCUUUUUCACCAGAUUAUGUUUUGCCCAAUAGGAACUGAAUGGUGAAUAAUGCAUUGUGUCAUUUUGGAGUCACGUUUAUUGUAAGUAAGAAUAUAAGAUGUUUCUGAACACUUCUACAUUCAUUUGGAUGCUAGUGCUACCAUGAUUAUGGAUAACCAUGAAUGAACUGUGAAUAAUGAUGAGUGAGAAAGUUACAUAGGCACACAUUUACAUACCCCCCCAAAAAAUUGUUUUAACCUCCCCUGUCAUCAUUAUUCAUGAUUCAUUCAUGGUUUUCUAAUCAUGACUUAUCAGGAUUAAUUUGUGUUCAGAAAUAUCUUAUCUACUAAACUUAGAAAGAAAAUUACUCCAUUCAUCAUUCAGCGAUCAGCUCCUAUUGGGCAAAACAUAACCCAAAACACAACUAAGACAAACUGCAAAUGCAUAAGUGAAUUUAUCCAAAUACUUAUGACUUCUUCAAACUAGAUAGUGCUUUCAUUUCUUAACAGUAAAACCGAUAUGUUUGAGAAUACCCUCAAAUAAUACCCUCGUGUGUAACAUUUGAUCUCAAAUCCAAAAUGGUGGCGUAUAGAGACAAAUAAAACAUGUUAGCGUCACUGUCCAAAUACAAUGAUGUUGUGUAAUAGAAUAAGAUACAUUAUUUUACAUGUGGAGGUAUCCAAGAUACUUUUUACUUAAGGUUUCAAUUCCCCACACAUUACUUAAAUGUUUCUUCCCUCUCUCAGAACUUCAUGUUUGAGUUCCAGGAGACACAAGAUGUGCUGUUUGAUAAAGUUAUUGAGAUAACGGUAAGUUGUAAAAAUAGUUUGUUGUAAGUCUGGACUUCACAUUUUUGAUUAUCAGAAUAUGAUUCAAUAUAUGUCAAUGUAAAGUGAAAGGAGGUAUCUUUGUCCUGAAGCCACAUUUGCACACUGGAACCACAGGAUCAUGUGGUAUGAUACAUAAUGUCCUGGGCUCACCGGAUCAGUUAAGAUAAUGUCAUGCUAUCCUUGGAUAUACUGAGCCUUUGUUUUACCACAUAGGUUGUUCACAAAAAGAUGCUGGGAUUUAUGAUGACACUUAUCGGCACCUUCAAAAUUGACAUCAGCACUGUCUACAGUCAGCAAGGUAAACAAUAUAUGACACAAAAACUUGGAAGCAUGUAUAAAAGGGAAGAUAAAUCUGUGGUUCCCUGAUAAGAUUAUGAUUUAAAGGUUAAAGGGCAUAGUCCUUAUUCUUUCAAUAUUGUAAUUUUAGUCAUUCUUUUUGACAUCACUACUCAAUAAAAGUAUCAGCCUUGUAUUUUUUUACUCAUAAAGAAGUAUCUCUUUCUGUCGCAACAGAUCACAGGUUCUACCAGAAAUGGGCUCCCCUUACUGAUCCCAGUGACACCCGGACAGGGAUAAAAGGUUUCGUGAAGUGCACCUUGAGUGUUGUGAUGAAAGGAGACGCAAUGGGAAUGCCCAGUUUGCCCAAUUUAGGCAGUCAGAACAAUGACAUUGAGAAGUGAGUCAUAGCUUUUUCUUGAAGGAACCUCCUAAGACAAAUGCUGAACAUUUUAUUAGCCAUGUAGACCACUCCUUGGUGGGUGGUGUUUAUAACUCACUUUAAGCUAUUGCUUGAAUUCAUUGGCUGAUUUCCCAUUUGGUUUUUUUCUUCUGCCUGUAUUGUUAAUUCAUUCAUUCAAAAAAAAUGAAAUAUUGAUGCAGGAAAGCUUUUAGAUAACUGAUCACUAUUCCUGGACUUGCCUUUCUUAAUUGCCUGAGGGGAUAAGUCAAGUUGUAUUGAUUUGAAUUGAAAUUGGGCUCAUGUUGCUCUCUGUGUAGGAACCUGCUCUUGCCCAAGAGAAUGCCAAUGGAGAGGCCCUGGGCCAAGUUCCUGGUGAAGAUCUACAAGGCAGAAGGCUUGCCCAGUAUGAGUGCUGGCUUCCUGGGUGGCCUCUCUAAGAUGAUGCGGGACAAGAAGGUCUUCAUUGACCCUUACGUGCAGGUCACAUUCGCAGGCCAACAGGUACAGGUGCAGGUUCUUUUAGAUGUUGGAUAUCAAGGUUUUGGUCAAUUCCAUUUAAAUUCAGUCAAUUCAGGAAGUAAACUGAAAUUCCAAUUCCAUUGGAAUUCAAAACCGAUUUCGGUCGCAUUCAUAUCACAAAUAUUCUAUUAAAUGGUUUUGUUUGUUUUGUGAGUCAUUAGUGCAGGUUUUCUGUUGUUGUGCCAGUUCACAUAAAAAAAUACUAUAGUAUACCAUCUUUUUUUAUUUAACCAGGGAGUCAUGCUGAGACCACUGCCUAUUUUGCAGAUGAGCCCUGCAUUUAAAUACUAUAUUAUUCACUGUGGUGUUUUUGCAGACUAAAUUCAGCACACUUUAAAUCUUUGUUUCUUAACAAGCUCAGUCAUAUGUUUUCUAAACAAUAAAUCAUUGUCAAUCUACAUACCAAGGUAUUUGUAUAUAGGGACUCGUUCGAUUAUAGAACCAUCCAAUGAGUAAAGAUAUAAUCCAGCUGAGGCAAUCUUACAUUAACUUGAAUACAACGUAUUCGUUUUUUGCACGUAUUAAGUACGAGUUUUAAAUCAGUAAGGGCUUCCUGCACAACUGCAAAAUCGGACUGUUGCCUUGUCACAGCCAGGUCAAUUGCGUACAUAAUAGUAUGAUCUGCAUAUAGAUUAUUAUUUUUAUUUUUUUUACGGAUUGACCAAUAGCAUUUAUAUAAAUAGUGAAAAUAACAGGUCCUAGUAUCGACUUCAAGAAAUUCGGACUUAAAGGACAAUUCCACCCAAAAACGAUAUUUUGGUAUUUGUUUCAUUAGUCCAUUGUUGACAUAGUCCCAAAAUGUUUUGCUUGUCAGCAAUCAAGUUUUCAAAACAAAUACCAAAAGAUUGUUUUUGGGUGGAGUUUUCCUUUAACCCCAUCAAUCAUGAUGGCCUGAGUUCUGCCACUAAAAUAAUCAUGAAACCAUGAAAAGGCGUCAGAGCUCAGGCCUAUCGAGGACAACUUGUUCAAUUAAAUAGCACAAUCAACAGUAUCAAAAGCCUUUGACAAGUCCACAAACAAAGCAGCACAUUUCAUUUUAGUGUCUAAAGCAUUGAUAAGAUCAUUAACAACUAAAGGGAUUGCUGUAAUAGUACUAUGCCCAGGCCUAAACCAUGAUUGGUUUACAUUCAAAAUUAAUUUCUCAGAUAAAAAAGAGCAAAGCUGUACCAAGGAUUCAAGAAUCUUAGCUAGACAACGAAGCCUUGAAAUGGGGCUAUAAUUAAGAUCACUACUCUCCCCGCCCUUAUGGAGUGGCGGCACAAGAGCUGAUUUCCAUACUUUUGGAAUAUUUCCUGAUAACAAUGUAAAUAAAGAAAAGUGGGUGAUUGCGCUAACAAUAAUGGCCGCUGCACACUUUUUUUCAUGUGGGAUGUCACUUCAGUGAAAUGCUUUCACAUGUUUACCAAGACCCAUUAUUUCACCUAUACCUGGUCUCAUACAAGCCAUCUAUGUCCUCCCUGUGAUAUGCUUGUGUUUCUAUGUCUCAACUCCCACUGAUACAUCCACAACACUCACUCUUACAAUACACCUACUAUUUGUUUACUGGGUUGUGGUCCCUUUAUUUGUACAGUACACUCUGCCUUUCUUGGUGAGGUAAUGGAAAACACACUACUGUUUCCAAACCAAUGGAGUGUGUCACUGUGGCUUAUCACCUCAUUCACAUCACGGCACAACCCUAUAUUUCCUUUCCUGCAUUCCUUCUCUUGAUGUACUGUAAGAUUAGCACUGAACUGCUUUUGGGAGUUUUAUUAUUGAAAUCAAAUAAUUAACCUUUAUUUAAAAUUAAAUGAGCCUGAUUUGUAUAAUUUAAUUGUAAGACCUACAGUAUGUGAAUUUAUCAAUGGACUGCACCAAUUGAGAAAUACUGCUUUUUAUCAAAGGGUGAGACAUCAGUAGAGUCCAACACCAACACUCCUGAGUGGAAUGAGCAGAUCUCUUUCAUCGAGCAGUUUCCUCCCCUUGCCCGGCGAAUCAAAGUGCAGAUCCUGGACGAUGCCAACAUUGGCGAUGUGGCAGUGGGAACACACUUUCUUGACCUGCAGCAAAUCUCCAACCCCAACAGAAAUGGUAGCGUAUGCAGCAGAACACCUAAACUCUCAUUUUAGCAGACUACUAUCGACAUAGCUUCGGACUACAAGUAGGAUCCUGACCACAAUUAGGAUCUUGAUGGGACAUUGGUCUUAGAUGGAUCCUAGUUGCGUGAGGUUCCAGUGCCUGCUGUCCGAAAUCAAUACAGACCUAAAGUGUGAACGGUUUCACCAAACAAAUGUCCCUUCAACAAAGGCAUAUCCAUAAUCUCUAGGAACAAGACUUACCACCAGGCAGUUUUAAGUUGUCAGGCUUGAAAAUCAGUUCAGCCAUUUUCACACAGUGAGUCGCUACCCAAACCAGCUCAAACCAGACACAUCUGGUUUCAAGUGGCCAAGUCACGUGAUGUGAUCUUCUACUGCGAUUUAGUGGACGCACUUGGAAUUGGACAUGAGAUCUGAUUACAUCAGUGAAAAGGUUACGACUUCAGCUUUUCUUCUAUGUACAGUACCAGUCAAAAGUUUGGACACACCUACUCAUUCAAGAGUUUCUUUAUUUUUACUAUUUUCUACAUUGUAGAAUAAUAGUGAAGACAUCAAAACUAUGAAAUAACACAUAUGGAAUCAUGUAGUAACCAAAAAAAGUGUUAAACAAAUCAAAAUAUAUUUUAUAUUUGAGAUUCUUCAAAGUAGCCACCCUUUGCCUUGAUGACAGCUUUGCGCACUUUUGGAAUUUUCUCAGCCAGCUUCACCUGGAAGGCUUUUCCAACAGUCUUGAAGGAGUUCCUACAUAUGCUGAGCACUUGUUGGUUGCUUUUCCUUCACUCUGCGGUCCAACUCAUCCCAAACCAUCUCAAUUUGGUUGAGGUCGGGUGAUUGUGGAGGCCAGGUCAUCUGAUGCAGCACUCCAUCACUCUCCUCCUUGGUCAAAUAGCCCUUACACAGCCUGGUUGUGUGUUGGGUCAUUGUCCUGUUGAAAAACAAAUGAUAGUCCCACUAAGCGCAAACCAGAUGGGAUGGCGUAUCGCUGCAGAAUGCUGUGGUAGCCAUGCUGGUUAAGUGUGCCUUGAAUUCUAAAUAAAUCACAGACAGUGUCACCAGCAAAGCACCAUCACACCUCCUCCUCCGUGCUUCACAGUGGGAACCACACAUGCAGAGAUCAUCUGUUCACCUACUCUGCGUCUCACAAAGACACGGCGGUUGGAACCAAAAAUCUCACAUUUGGACUCAUCAGACCAAAGGACAGAUUUCCACCGGUCUAAUGUUCAUUGCUCAUGUUUCUUGGCCCAAGCAUGUCUCUUCUUAUUAUUGGUGUCCUUUAGUAGUGGUUUCUUUGCAGCAAUUCGACCAUGAAGGCCUGAUUCACGCAGUCUCCUCUGAACAGUUGAUGUUGAGAUGUGUCGGUUACUGAACUCUGUGAAGCAUUUAUUUGGGCUGCAAUUUCUGAGGCUGGUAACUCUAAUGAACUUAUCCUCUGCAGCAGAGGUAACUCUGGGUCUUCCAUUCCUGGGGCGGUCCUCAUGAGAGCCAGUUUCAUCAUAGCGCUUGAUGGUUUUUGCGACUGACCUUCAUGUCUUAAAGUAAUGAUGGACUGUCAUUUCUCUUUGCUUAUUUGAGCUGUUCUUACCAUAAUAUGGACUUGGUCUUUUACCAAAUAGGGCUAUCUUCUGUAUACCGCCCCUACCUUGUCACAACACAACUGAUUGGCUCAAACACAUUAAGAAGGAAAAAAAAAUCCACAAAUUUACUUUUAACAAGGCACACCUGUUAAUUGAAAUACAUUCCAGGUGACUACCUCAUGAAGCUGGUUGAGAGAAUACCAAGAGUGUGCAAAGCUGUCAUCAAGGCAAAGGGUGGCUACUUUGAAGAAUCUCAAAUAUAAAAUAUAUUUUGAUUUGUGUAACAUGUUUUUGGUCACUACAUGAUUCCAUAUGUGUUAUUUCAUAGAUUUAUUGUCUUCACUAUUAUUCUACAAUGUAGAAAAUAGUAAAAAUUAAGAACAACCCUGGAAUGAGUAGGCCUGUCCAAACUUUUGGUACUGUAUAUACUAUAAUUCCUGUAAGAUGAAAAAUAAAGGCAAGGCUCAUUGUACAAGCCCUACACUUUUAAAAUGGCUGUGUUCCUAUGGGAACUGUGCAUGUUUAGAGCGCCACCAUUAGUUAAAAGAUAGAUAUAUUUUUCCCCUCUUUAAAAAAUCUACAAUCCUUUAAAAUGGUAAUGAACCCUUUUGUUACAUUGUUUGCUAGCUCAGCUGGUUAGCUAGCUCUCAGUCUUAUUGACCACCCAACGUUGCUAACGCUAGCUACCUAGCUAAUUAAUAUUUUUUCGAAAUGUAUGUUAGGUAAGUUAGUCAUGUUAUAAAUACAACUCUCAUCUGCUGUCGACAUCAGGAUAUGAUUUGAGAGCACCAGUUAGCUCCAAAAGUGGUUAGUAACUUUGGCUGCAUACUGACAGUGCAUUCAGAGCCAUCCAGUGGCUAGCCACACUACAACCUUCAUUUAAAAUCCACUAGUGCAUCAAUCUAAGUAACAUAAUAAAAAAAUCCCCAUCAAAAUCUGUCAGUUUAAGCUAGAGAUAGCAGGGUGGUAAGGUGGCCGAGCUACAGCAGUGAUUGUCAGACCAUGAGACAUCCCGAAAAUCGGUCUUCUCACGAAAACGUCCAUAACAUCCGAACGGUUUGGCUCUAUGACCCCCACAAGUGUCACAGGACUCAUAUGCAGGUAACCCAUACAAAGGAAUGAAAGUAUGGAGGUAAAUAUGGGGUUAAAUAUGUGUAAAAAAAAAACUACAAAUAUUUCCGGAGGUUUCUUAUAUCUCCUAGAUAUAGGUCAGACCAGGGCUGGCCCUGGACGUUCUGCCUCCCUAGGCGAGAAGAAAAAAGAGACUGUGCCUCUUUUCUCAUUCAUUUUUUAAAAAUAUUUGCUUCCUGAUAGUUUUUGUCUCUUAGGCAUGGUAGCAAAUUGUUUCAAUUCUCUAUAGCUUACUUUUAGCUAAAUUUCUAUCCACUAUUAGUAGCUAGCUAACAUUAACAGGCUAGGUUAGGCUACUGCCUUAUUCACUAAUCAUCUUCAUCAUACACAAACAUAAAAAACAAAACAAUCAUUUAAUUGGCAGAUUCAUUUUUAUUAAUGUUUCACAAUUGGAUAAUCCCAUAUAAACACACAUCACCAAAGCUACCCAAGGAUAGUGGGAGUGAACUUCGGGAGAAGCGGGAAUGGGGUGAGGGAAGGAACUGCAGCUACGCUAUGAGUUGGUGGCUGGGGUGCUGUCGGCGGUGUAGCAGCCGAUCAGGGGUGCCAAAGGGCGGCAGCCAAUUGUCAAAAUGCCGCCCCAAAUUCAAGUGCCGCCAUAGGCGGAUGCCUAAUCUUGCCUAAUGGGAGGGCCGGCCCUGGGUCAGACACUUCAAAACCUUAUUCCAUAUGAUUUAAUUUUUAACUGUAUUUUUUGCCAUUUAUGAAUGUGCUUUUCAAUGUGAUUCUAUGGGCUAUUGUAGUAAAAGCCAAAUUCAAUAUUUUAUCAAAUACUUUUUAAAUAUUUUUGAUUUAAUACAUAAAGGGGUCCUACAAUUCUAAAUCAAAUAGCUAAAUGAUCCAUGGUAUGACCAUCUUAAAACAAUUCCAUACUUUAUGUUAGCUUAGUAUCCCACCCCUCCUCCAACAGCUUAUACUUUUAGCGGUUUUAACCAGGAUCCCAUGAAGCAAUUGUAAUGACAGUCCACCACAACAUAUGAGAGUCUCCUGAUUACCAAGGGGUAAUGUUUCAUUUCAUUGUGUAUUAAAAUCACAGUUUGAAAUGGGCUUUGGGGGAAAAUGUUGACCGAGGUUGCAACAUUAACCAAGGUGGGCUGGGUUUAGUGAAUGGUCAAUUGGUAUAGGGUGACCACAUGUCCCAGAUUGUGUGGGACAAUCUUGCAUUUUGGCUCUUUGUCCCGUGACCCGCAACCAAUCAAUCAUGUCCGGUGUUUGAUCAACUAAUUCAAACACCACUAAUUUAGAAGAAAAGGUAGAUUUUUCUCGUAUUUCCAGCCUGGUUUCAUCGAUUAGUCUUACAUAGUAAACGAAAGAACGGCACAUUCAAAUUAGUAUGAUAUGUUAUGUUUGGUAUGGUUACAUAAGACAAAAGGUUACUUAAGGCAAAAACGAAAGUAGGGUGGUGACGCGAACGUCUAGCAACCCAAAGGUUGCAUGUUUAAAUCUCAACACAAACAACUUUAGCAUUUUAGCUAAUUAGCAACUACUUACUACUUUUUAGCUACUUUGCAACUACUUAACAUGUUAGCUAACCUUUCCCCUAACCUUAACCCCAAGCCUAGCUAACGUUAGCCACCUUGCCACCUAGCUAACCCUUAACCACAACAAAUUUGAAUUCGUAACAUAUCAUACAAAUUCGUAACAUAUUGUACAAAUUGCAAUUCGUAACAUAUCGUUUCAAUUGCAAUUCGUAACAUAUCAUACAAAUUGUAAUUCAUAACAUAUCAUACGAAAUGGUUGAUGGACAUCCACAAAUUAAUACAUACCAUACUAAUUGGAGUACCCUAGAUGUACUUUUAUUAUGUUAUACAUCUACCCCUGAGUCCAGGUUGGUAUUUCAGUCAGACAUUCCAACCUGCCUCUUGCUUAUGAAAAUAUAUAUAUCAUAAGGUAGGCCUACUGGUGAUGUUAAUCGUUGUUAACCCUUUAACCUUAAACCUAACCUUAACCCCUAACCACGAAUUGUAAUUCGUAUCAUAUCAUACGAAAUGGAUGAUGGACAUCCACAAAUUAAUACAUGCCAUACAAUAUCACACAAAUUGGAGUGUCCCGGAUUUACAUUUACUAUGUUACGUAACCCUGAGUGCAGGUUGAAAUUCCAGCAACAUUUGGAGAGGACAGUUAGCUGGCCUAACUACUUACAAAAAGUGUGCUUCUGACUAAGAGCUACAAAAGUAAGUACAUAGUCGUAUUAGACUGAAAGAUAAGGUAAUUUCGUCAAGCUCUCCAUGCUCAUUAGUUGCUCAUUCAACAUAUUUGCUGCUACUUUACUCAAUCCCAUUUCAAAAGCCUCCAUUCCUAACUGUUUUACAUUCCCUGAGACCAACCAGAAAUGUUUCCUUGGCAAAAUAUUCCCAGAUUUUCAUAAAACGGCCACGUGGUGUCUCAUUUCUGCAUCACCAAAUUUUAUGCAAGGCAAAAUACUAGGACUUGGUGCUCAUCAAUUAGCUUGUUUGGUGCAGCGGGAGCAGGGGUGCAGUGCUGCAGGGGUGCAGUGCUGCAGGGGUGCAGUGCUGCAGGGGUGCAGUGCUGCUUGAGCGCACUACACCCUCCCAAUGGUGCUCCGACACUUCUCACAAUGGUGCUCGUUUAGUAAAGUUAGAUCAAAGCUGAAUCAAUGUCUUGGAAGAUCAUAUAAUGAUUCAUUAGUAUUCUACAUAACAGAACCAAAUACAAUAGCUUAGCCUUACUGUUACACCAAAAACACCACCUAAUUUCUUAUGAGAUUUUAGAAUGAUUAGCCGAAUAGUCAAACAAUUAUUCUCAUGCGUCCAAAACUCAACAGCGUGCGCCACUAGGCAGAAUGUGCUUUGAUUGAAACAAAAUACAGAAAGGCUAUAUAGUUUGUUUACACCAUCUGCUCUAAUUUGCUUACAAAACAGUAAUUCAAGAAGAUCUAAAUGCAUAUUCCCAUAAAAAUUAUUGAUAUCAAAUGAUUGGCAUGCAGAUGCAGUUUGGAUGUUUCACAGUAAAACGUGAGGAAUUAUCAUUUUGAAAUUAGGUAUGCCUAAUUUGGGGUUUGAGGGUAUCUAUCAAUUUUAUUUUUUGACUAUGUUUGGGCAUGGGCAGACGUUGCAAUUUAUGCAUUUUAUGCAUCCUCCAAAGGGGGGAGUGCUGCCCCCAAAAAAUAUUCAUGUAGGAUACACUGUCCCGCGAAUGUCCCGCAAAAUCAUCCUGUUGUCCCGCAUUUGGGUAUUUUAAAUGUGGUCACCCUAAAUUAGUGAUAUAUUUUAUUUAAAACCUAGACUUUCAAAUAUUUUAUUCCCCAACAUGGGGACAAUAAAUAAAUAAAUAUAUAAUUAAAAAAAUAAUUAAUAGCUUUUCAUUACCUGCUGUUGCUCUGGCUCUGUAAUAGUCAAGUUGUGGCUGACACCUGUAUCAGAAUCCCACGGUUCUUACCUUUCUAACAGUACUAAGCAUGUGUUGGUAGGACUUAUACAAUUUAAAUGUAUCUAAUGAGUCAGAGUUUAACAGGUUGCCUGGUGGUAAGUAUUGUUCUUGGAGAUUAUGGAUAUGCCUUUGUUGACAGGAAAAAUGUUUUUUGGGUGAAACCGUAUACUUUAGGUCUGUAUUGAUUUCAGACACCAGGCGCUGGAGCCAUGUUGCGGUCCGAAGCUACUAUCGACAGAAUGAUAAAGGUUUUUCUUGGGGGAAGGGAUUUACUAUAAAAAUAUUGGAAAUGUUUUAAGUAACACUUACCUUAUAAUACCUUCUUCAUAAUGCACAUUUAUAAUGUAUUAUGCAUAAUGAUGUGCAUGCACAACAUAGGUGUUUAUAACUGCUGAUAAAGAUCUUUAACUACAUCCCAAGAUAAUUACAACCAGGCUGUAUAAUCAGGGGUUCCACCCUCUUCGUCAAUAAAAAUGUAUCACAAUGUUAAUUACAAUGAUUUAAUAUAGGGGAUUAUAACACUUGGUUCAUUAGGCAAUAUGUUGCCUGUUCAUAAUGCUGUAUGAAUAUAAUUAAAUUACGGUAUUAUUAUGCUGUGUAUUAUAUUGCAUUAUGCAUAGCUCAUAACAUUAAUGCACUUAUAAUGCAUUAUGGAGAUGGUAUUUGUAGGAAGUGUUACCAUCUUUGGUCCUGUCCAUUGCAAAUUUGAUGUAAACAUCCAUCUGUCAAUUAUACUGUAUCUCUCAGUAAUGACAUUAUCAUUCCCCUGUCUCUCUGGUGUGGUCUCCCUGGGUUCAUCCUCUCCAUCCUCUCCAGGGUUCAACCCCACCUUUGGCCCGUCCUGGAUCAACCUGUACGGCUCCCCUCAGAACUCUGCCCUGGGCGACAUCCACCAGGUUCUGAACGAAGGUCUGAGCGAGGGCAUCUUCUACCGGGGUCGCAUACUGCUGUCUCUCAGCGUGGAGGUCUACUCCUCCCCCAACACUGCUGCCGUGGAGAGCAGCAAGGCCACAGCCAGUGUCAGGAGCGCCCUUGGCAAGCUCUCCCUCAGGAAGAAGAGCCGGAAGUCCAAGCAAAAGAAGGAGGAAGGUAGCGAACAGUUAUUGUGCAAGUUACAAUGGUUGUUGUAUUUUGGGUUGCUGUGUAGUAUGUUGUUAGUUGGUCUGUGUGAUGUUGUUUUAUGGUAUAGUGCGGGGUCAUCAGUUAAAGGCUAAGUAUAGGAAGGGAUAGGUUGUUCUGUGAGCUUUGGUGAUUUGUUGUUGUUGUUGUGAUGUAUAGCAGCACCGGGCCCUAGUGGGCCUGCAGAGGAGUCUGAGGAAGCAGGUACAGAGGUACCCGGAGCUGUGACUGUGGAGGUGGAGGAGAUUCAUCCCCUGCCUGAGGUCAGCACCGCCUACAUCCCCCAGAAACCUCACACUAUAAUAAACCCACUCUGACAUACCAUUUGCGGCAUUAUUAUUGCCUGAUUGUUUAAGAUUGAGUAUUUAAGACCCCUCUUCUUGUGUUCUUGUUACAAUAGACUACCUGGUGCAUUUGACGACUUGUCUUAUUUUGUCUUGCAGAAUUUCUUUGGAGAAAAGGAUGAAUUUUUGCUGUUCGCAUCACUCUUUGAAGUGACCAUGAUUGAUCCCAUCAUUGGAAGCAAGCCAGUGACCUUUGAGUUGUCCAUUGGUAAUACUGUGACAUUUUGCCCACUUUUUCAAGAUAAGAAACUAGAGAUUGCUGGGAUUAGUGUUAAGUUCAUUAGCCAUCAUCUAACUAUAGCCUAUGUUAAUGCACUGGUGGUGCAGUUACAUCGACCUUGAAGUGUUGCAAUACAGGUUAACCUUUCAGUGCCCAUAAUUGUUUUUCUAUCAAACAUGGAUUUUGUCAAGGUCUUUUCACUGAGAUAGAUUCUGUGUGAAGUGUAUUUUUGGUACGUGAACAGGGAACUAUGGGAAGGCAGCGGAGGUGGUGGUGAGGCCAAAGAAGACUCAGAGCAGAGAGGAUCUCAACAGUGAGAGACAAUCUCUGUUGGAAUCAUCAGAAGAUGAACUGGAGAGGGAGGAGAUUCCAAGCCCAAGCCCUGGGCCACAGGACAGUUCUGUCACUGCUCCAAGAAGACCACAGUUUACAGAGUAUGACAGGUAACUCAAAGUCUUAUUCAUCUGGUAAAAUAUAAACAGACUAACUAACAAUGGAUGCACCCCAGCCAUCUUCCAGAUACCAGGGCAGUGUAAAUCUUUUUUUUUUUUUUUUUUUACAUUUACAGAUCAUUUAGCUGUGUCCCCAUGACAUAUGAGAAGCCUUGUAUGUUUCUGUGGACCCACUUUGAGGACCACUGCUUCCGUUACCACAAUGCUAACUGGCUGCACAAGAUGGCUGAUAGGCUGGUAAAUGCUCAGAUCUAAAUACUGUAACCUGUGCUUAACCUGUGACCUGAUCUUCAAUGGUUCCCUGGAAGCCGCAAAGAUACCGAUGUUGAUGGCUGUUCCCUCUUCAUUAGGAACAUGGCAUUGAUGAGGUGGAGAAACUUCUAAAGAGACCCAGGAGCAAUGCCAAGGAACGCUUAGGGGAGGUGCUUUUGGAGUUUGUCGCGAGUUGCAAGUGAGUUGCUACAGUACCAUCUCAGCAUUUGGAAUCAACAAGUGGACAACCUGCAGCCUUUUAGCCAAUUGCUUAGGUUGCCCUGAGGCUUUUAAAUGACCUUGUCUCUCACUGCCCUGAAGGCAGUACAACUCCAACUCAGAUAGGAAGACACCAGCGAAGCGCAACAACCUGGACAAAUUCCGCAAGGAGUUUAUCAAGAAGAACAUUGUGAGUGUUGCAAAAACAUGAGCCACUAAUCUCAUCCAUUAUUAUCUCAAUCCACAUUUUAUUAAAUUGUAUUAUAUCGAUACUAUGUUUCUAUCCUGUGAUAUGGUAUCUAUGAAAAGACACACACAGGUACAGACACAUGCAUACGCACACACACGUACAUCGUAAUAUUGUUGUAUGGUGUAUUAUGGAUUUUGUAUUGUAGAUAUGUAGUGGUGUAAUAAGGUUAUAUAAUGUACUGUUUUAUCUUUUGUUAUGUGUGAUGUACAGUAAGUGCCUUAAUGUGUUUGGACCCCAGGAAGAGUAGCUGAUGCCUUGGCAGCAGCUAAUGGGUGUCACGAUCGUUGGAAGAAGCGGACCAAGGCGCAGCGUGAUAAGCGCACAUUCUUUUAUUACGUGUAGUACACAACUCACAAACAAAAACAACAAACCAAACGAUACGUGAAGUCCUAGGGUUAAACACAAACCUUACGGAUCAAGAUCCCACAAUUAACAUGUGCCAACAGGCUGCCUAAGUAUGGUCCCCAAUCAGAGACAACAAGCUACAGCUGUCUCUGAUUGGGAACCACCCUGGCCAUCAUAGAAACUAAACGAUCUAGAACACAACAUAGAAAACUAUAACAUAGAAACUAACACCCUGGCUCAACAUUAACGAGUCCCCAGAGCCAGGGUGUGACAGUACCCCCCCCCCCCCCCCCCAAAGGCGCGGACUGCGACCGCGCCAACCAAACACCACAGGGGAGGGGCCGGGUGGGCAUUCCGCCUCGGAGGCGGAUCCGGCUCCGGGCAUGACCACCACUCUCUCUCUCGCCCUCGUGGUCUGGCCCUGCUGGCCGGAGCUGGACUGAACACCGGUGGAGCGGAUUACUCUGGCUCCGCAGUGGAGCAGCUGACCGGUGGAACAGGCACGGGCCGUGCCGGACUGACGACGUGCACCACUGACUUGGUGCGGGGAGCAGGAACGGGCCGGACCGGGCUGACGACGCGCACCACUGGCUUGGUGCGGGGAGCAGGAACAGGCCGAACCGGGCUGGCGACGCGCACCACUGGCUUGGUGCGGGGAGCAGGAACAGGUCGGACCGGGCUGGCGACGCGCACCACUGGCUUGGUGCGGGGAGCAGGAACAGGCCGGACCGGGCUGGCGACGCGCACCACUGGCUGGGUGAGGGGAGCAGGAACAGGCCGGACCGGGCUGGCGACGCGCACCACUGGCUUGGUGCGGGGAGCAGGAACAGGCCGGACCGGGCUGGCGACGCGCACCACAGGCUUGGUGCGAGGGACAGGAACAGGCCGUAACGUACUGGGAACACACCCCACUGGCCUUGUGCGGGGACCAGGAACGGGCCGGACCGGACUGGUAACACACCCCAGUACCUCUCGCCGUGCCUCUACACUCUCCUUCUCCCUCGUGACCAGUGGCCCCCGUAACCUGGCGGCCUCCUCUGCAAACCUGCCGAACCGCUCUAUCGCGGCCUCCCGCUGCCUCGCCGUCCACGGUGUGAGCCCCCCCCCUAAAAAUGUAUUGGGCUUGUCUCUCCCCCGUGAACAUGGCCUCCAUGGCUCUCGCCAGACUCUCACUCUUCUCCUCCCAAGUCCAUCCUCUCUCCUCUUCACACUGCUUGAUCCAGUCAUGGUGGGAUCUUCUGUCACGAUCGUUGGAAGAAGCGGACCAAGGCGCAGCGUGAUAAGCGCACAUACACAACUCAUGAACAAAAACAACAAACCAAACGAUACGUGAAGUCCUAGGGUUAAACACAAAACUUACGGAUCAAGAUCCCACAAUUAACAUGUGCCAACAGGCUGCCUAAGUAUGUUCCCCAAUCAGAGACAACAAUCUACAGCUGUCUCUGAUUGGGAAACACCCUGGCCAACAUAGAAACUAAACGAUCUAGAACACAACAUAGAAAACUAUAACAUAGAAACUAACACCCUGGCUCAACAUUAACGAGUCCCCAGAGCCAGGGCGUGACAAUGGGGGUCCCUAAUAAAUACAAAUACAAAUCUCCUCUUUCCUCAGAUUGUCCUAGCCAAGCAGUCUCUGCGAGUGAAGCGGAAGGUGACCAGACGUACAGUGAAGGAAAGACUGACAGACGCCAAGAGGAUCCUAAAGAGGCUACAACUCCUGAUGAAAGAAGUGAGUCGAAACGGGGGCUUUGCGGGGAUGGGAUUGGGUCUUUCAAUCAAAUGUAUUUAUAAAGCCCUUUUUACAUCAGCAGAUGUCACAAAGGGGACAGCCAGGAGUCAUCAGGCCAGAUAGUCCUGAGGCAUAGUCCUGAGGCAUGUCCUAAUGCUCAGGUCCUCCGGGAGGGGAGGGGGAGAGCGAAAAAUGGGAGAAUUAGGAGCACACUUAAGUUCACACCGGACACCAGAUAAGACAGGAGAAUUUCACCAGAUAGGACAGACUGACCCUAGCCCCCCGGCACAUAGACUAUGGCAGCAUAGAUACUGGAGGCUGAGACAGGGGUGGGGUCUAGGGACACUGACUUCGAUGAUACCCCCCAGAUAAGGCAAUCCAGGCAGGAUAUAACCCCACCCACUUUGCCAAAGCACAGCCUCCACACCACUAAAGGGAUAUCAACAGACCACCAACUUACUACCCUGAGACAAGGCUGAGGAUAGCCCAUGAAGAUCUCCUCCACUGCACGAGCCCGAGGGGGCACAAAACCGGACAGGAAGAUCACGUCAGUGACUCAACCCACUCAAGUAGAGUAUAGCGAAGAAAGCCUGGCACAACGUGAUGCACCCCUCCUAGGGACAGCAUGGAAGAACACUAGUAAGCCAGUAACUCAGCCCCCUUAAUAGGGUCAGAGGCAGAGAAUCCCAGUGGAGAGGGGAGCCGGCCAGGCAGAGACUGCAAGGGCGGUUUGUCACUCCAGUGCCUUGCCAUUCACCUUCGCACCCCUGGGCCAGACUACACUCAAGCAUAGGACCUACUGAAGAGAUGAGUCUUCAGUAAAGACUUAAAGGUCGAGUCUGCGUAUCUCACCUGGAUAGGCAGACCAUUCCAUAAAAAUUUAGCUCUAUAGGAGAAAGCCCUGCCUCCAGCUGUUUGCUUAGAAAUUCUAGGGACAAUAAGGAGGCCUGCAUCUUGUGAUCAUAGCUUACAUGUAGGUAAGCACGGCAGGACCAAAUUGAAGAGAUACACUACAUGACCAAUAGUAUGUGGACACCUGCUCGUCGAACAUCUCAUUCCAAAAUCAUGGAAUGUUCCACUAGAUGUUGGAACAUUGCUGUGGGGACUAGCUUCCAUUCAGCCACGAGCGUUAGUGAGGUCGGACACUGAUGUUGGGCAAUUAGGCCUGGCUUGCAGUCGGUGUUCCAAUUCAUCCCAAAGGUGUUCAAUGGGGUUGAGGUCAGGCCUCUGUGCAGGGCGGUGAAGUUCUUCCACACCGAUUUCGACAAACCAUUUCUGUAUGGACCUCGCUUUGUGCACGGGGCAUUGUCAUGCUGAAACAGGAAAGGGCCUUCCCCAAACUGUUGCAACAAAGUUGGAAGCACAGAAUCAUCUAGAAUGUCAUCGUAUGCUGUAGCAUUAAGAUUUCCCUUCACUGGAACUAAGGGGCCUAGCCCGAACCAUGAAAAACAGCCCCAGACCAUUAUUCCUCCUCCACCAAAUUUAACAGUUGGCACUAUGAAUUUGGGCAGGUAGUGUUCUCCUGGCAUCCGCCAAAACCAGAUUUGUCUGUCGGACUGCCAGAUGGUGAAGCGUGAUUCAUCACUCCGGAGAACGCGUUUCCACUGUUCCAGAGACCAAUGGCGGCGAGCUUUACAUCACUCCAGCCAACGCUUGGCAUUGCACAUGGUGAUCUUAGGCUUGUGUGCAGCUGCUCAUUUCCGCUUCACAAUAACAGCAUUUACAGUUGACCGGGGCAGCUCUAGCAGGGCAGAGAUUUGACGAACUGACUUGUUGGAAAGGUGGCAUCCUAUGACGGUGCCACGUUGAAAGUCACUGAGCUCUUCAGUAAGGCCAUUCUACUGCCAAUGUUUGUCUAUGGAGAUUGCAUGGCUGUGUGCUCGAUUUUAUACACCUGUCAGCAACGGGUGUGGCUGAAAUAGCCGAAUCCACUCAUUUGAAGGGGUGUCCACAUACUUUUGUAUAUAUAGUGUAGGUAGGAGCAAGUCCAUGUAAUGCUUUGUAGGUUAGCAGUAAAACCUUGAAAUCAACCCUAGCCUUAACAGGAAGCCAGAGGCUAGCACUGGAGUAAUAUGAUACAAUUUUUUGGUUGUAGUCAAGAUUCUAGCAGCUGCAUUUAGCACUAACUGAAGUUUAUUUAGUGCUUUAUCCAGGUAGUCAGAGAGUAGAGCAUUGUAGUAGUCUAAUCUAGAAGUGACAAAAGCAUGGAUUAGCUUUUCUGCAUCAUUUUUGGACAAAACGUUUCAGAUUUUUGCAAUGUUAUGAAGAUGGAAAAAAGCUGCCCUUAAAAUAUUAUUGAUAUGUUCAUCAAAAGAGAGAUCAUGGUCCAGAGUAACGCCGAGGUCCUUCACAGUUUUAUUUGAGAUGACUGCACAACCAUCAAGAUUAAUUGUCAGAUCCGACAGCAGAUCUCGUUGUUUCCUCAGACCUAGAACUAGCAUCUCUGUUUUGUCAGAGUUUAAAAGUAAAACAUUUGCCACCAUCCACUUCCUUAUGUCUGAAACACAGGCUUCCAGGGUAGGCCAUUUUGGGCCUUCACCAUGUUUCAUCGAAAUGUACAUCUGUGUGUCGUCUGCAUAGCAGUGAAAGUUGACAUUGUGUUUCCGAAUGAAAACAAUAGUGGUCCUAAAACGGAACCUUGAGGAACAACGAAACUUACCAUUGAUUUGACAAACCAUCCACAGAGACAAACUGAUACAGUAUCUUUCUGAGAGAUAACAUCUAAACCAGGCAAGAACUUGUCUGUGUAGACCAAUUAGGGUUUCCAAUCUCUCCAUUGAUCCGAGGUCCUGGCAGUUCUAUGCAGAGUCAGGACAACUGAGUUUUUGAGAAAUACAGUGCCUUGCAAAAGUAUUCAACCCCCUUGCCGUUUUUCCUAUUUUGUUGCAAUACAACCUGUAAUUUAAAUUGAUUUAACUGUAAGUCGCUCUGGAUAAGAGCGUCUGUUAAAUGACUAAAAUGUAAAAUGUAAUUAGUUAAUUGACUAUGACUGCCUUGGAAGUGAGGGACCUAACAUUAAGUAGUCCUAUUUUGAGAUGUGAGAUAUUAUCACAAUCUCUUUCAAUAAUGACAGGAAUGGAGGAGGUCUUUAUUCCAGUGAGAUUGCUAAGGCGAACACCGCCAUGUUUAGUUUUGCCCGACCUAGAUCGAGGCACAGACACAGUCUCAAUGGGGAAAGCUGAGCUGACUACACUGACUGUACUAGUGGCAGACUCCACUAAGCUGGCAGGCUGGCUAAUAGCCUGCUGCCUGGCCUGCACCCUAUCUCAUUGUGGAGCUAGAGGAGUUAGAGCCCUGUCUAUGUUGGUAGAUAAGAUGAGAGCACCCCUCCAGCUUUGAUGGAGUCCGUCACUCCUCAGCAGGCCAGGCUUGGUCCUGUUUGUGGAGGAGUCCCAGAAAGAGGGCCAGUUAUCUACUAAUUCUAUAUUUUGGGAGGGGCAGAAAACAGUUUUCAACCAGCAAUUGAGUUGUGCGAGUCUGCUGUAGCGCUCAUCACUCCCCCAACUGGAAGGGGGCUAGAGACAAUUACUUGAUGCCAACACAUCUUUCUAGCUAAGUUACACACUGAAGUUAUGUUGCGCUUGGUGACCUCUGACUGUUUCAUCCUAACAUCGUUGAUGCUGACGUGGAUAACAAUAUCCUUAUACCAUCUACACCUGCCAGUUUUAGCCUCAGCCAGGACCAUCUUCAGAUUAGCCUUUACGUCGGUAGCCCUGCCCCCUGGUAAACAAUGUAUGAUCGCUGGAUGAUUAUUUUUAAGCCUAAUAUUACAGGUAAUGGAGUUGCCAAUGACUAGGGUUUUCAAUGUCAGAACUAAUAGUGGGAGGCUUCGGCGGCUCAGACCAAGUAACCGGUGGAGGAGAGAUCUGAGAAGGUUCAGGCUCUGAAACCGACUCCUUGCUUAGUGGGGAAAACCAGUUGAAAGUUUCUAUCGGCUGAAUGAACGACACCAGUUGAGCAUGUCGACAGCAUUUCUUUCCAGAAGCCAUGAGAAAAUUGUUCGGCUGGGUGGACUGUGCAGGGGGAUUAUCACUACUACCUGUAUUUACUGGUGGCACAGACGCUGCAUCAUCCUUUCCUACACUUAAAUUGCCCUUGCCUAACGAUUGCAUCUGAAGCCGAGCUUGCAACUCAGCUAUCCUAACCAUAAGGCGAUAGUUCUCCUGUGUAUUAAGAGUACAGCGAAUGCAAUGAGAAGGCAUAAUGUUACUUAGCUUUUUUUCGGCCGGAGGAGGUCCUGCAGAUCUAUGUUCAGAUAAAGCGCCCGGGGUGAUAAAGUUGAAUUUAAAAAGUUGUGUGAGGACAAAACUAAGACGUUGGUAAACUUGUUAAAUACAGAGUUUGAUUAGGGUGCACUUCAGCCACGCUCAAGGUCCUAAACGAUAUUAUAACCGCGAUCGAUAAUAGACAGUACUGUGCAGCCGUCUUCAUCGACCUGGCCAAGGCUUUCGACUCUGUCAACCACCGCAUUCUUAUUGGCAGACUAAAUAGCCUUGGUUUCUCAAAUGACUGCCUCGUCUGGUUCACCAACUACUUCUCAGAUAGAGUUCAAUGUGUCAAAUCGGAGGGCCUGUUGUCUGUACCUCUGGCAGUCUCUAUGGGGGUGCCACAGGGUUCAAUUCUUGGGCCGACUCUUUUCUCCGUGUAUAUCAAUGAUGUCGCUCUUGCUGCUGGUGACUCUCAGAUCCACCUCUACGCAGACGACACCAUUUUGUAUACAUCUGGCCCUUCAUUGGACACGGUUAACAAACCUCCAAACGAGCUUCAAUGCCAUACAACACUCCUUCAGUAGCCUCCAACUGCUCUUAAACACUAGUAAAACUAAAUGCAUGCUCUUCAAUCGAACGCUGCUGGCACCCGCCCACCCGACUAGAAUCACUACUCUCGACGGGUCUGACCUAGUGUAUGUGGACAACUACAAAUACCUAGGUGUCUGGUUAGACUGUAAAUUCUCCUUCCAGACUCACAUUAAGAAUCUCCAAUCCAAAGUUAAAUCUAGAAUCGGCUUCCUAUUUCGCAACAAAGCCUCCUUCACUCAUGCUGCCAAACAUGCCCUCGUAAAACUGACUAUCCUACCGAUCCUUGACUUCGGCGAUGUCAUUUACAAAAUAGCCUCCAACACUCUACUCAGCAAAUUGGAUGUAGUCUAUCACAGUGCCAUCCGUUUUGUCUCCAAAGCCCCAUACACUACCCACCACUGUGACCUGUACGCUCUUGUUGGCUGGUCCUCACUACAUGUUCGUCGUCAAACCCACUGGCUCCAGGCCAUCUAUAAAUCACUGCUAGGCAAAUCCCCGCCUUAUCUUAGCUCAUUGGUCACCAUAGCAGCACCCACCCGUAGUCUGCGCUCCAGCAGGUAUAUCUCACUGGUCAUCCCCAAAGCCAACACCUCCUUUGGCCGCCAUUCCUUCCAGUUCUCUGCUGCCAAUGACUGGAACGAAUUGCAAAAAUCUCUGAAGCUGGAGACUCUUAUCUCCCUCACUAACUUUAAGCAUCAGUUGUCAGAGCACCUUACCGAUCACUGCACCUGUACACAGCCCAUCUGAAAUUAGCCCACCCAACUACCUCAUCCCUAUAUUGUUAUUUAUUUUGCUCUUUUGCACCCCAGUAUCUCUAUUUGCACAUAAUCUCUUGCACAUCUAGCAUUCCAGUGUUAAUACUAAUUGUAAUUAUUUUGCACUAUAGCCUAUUUAUUGCCUUACCUCCAUAACUUGCUACAUUUGCACACACUCUAUAUAUAUUUUCUGUUGUAUUUUUUGACUUUGUUUUGUUUACCCCAUAUGUAACUCUGUGCUGUUGUUUUUAUCGCACUGCUUUGCUUUAUCUUGGCCAGGUCGCAGUUGUAAAUGAGAACUUGUUCUCAACUGGCUUACCUGGUUAAAUAAAGGUGAAAUAAAAUAAAUAAAAAGAUAGUUAUUAAGAGUAAAAAGCCCCCCAAAAAGGUGGGCAGGUAGAAGCAACAAACAGUACAGCAGUAAGGAGACAACGCGGAAGUGCGUUGCGUCACCAGUCACGCGAUCAACAGCUCUUACUGACUUCUAGAUGGACUUUUUUUCUCACUCGAUUUCUAUUUUUGUCUGUCUGCCUCUAUCUCUUUCACUCUCUAUCUGCAGCCUCAGAGCACCCUGCCAGAUGUGUUUGUGUGGAUGAUGAGUGCAGGGAAAAGGGUGGCCUUUGCCAGGAUCCCCUCCCACUCCAUCCUCUUCUCUCUGGUGGAGGAGGAAAGGGGGAAAGAUUGUGGGAAACUCACCACCAUCUACUUGAAGGUAUCUCCCAAAUAUCUAUAUGGUGUUCUAUCCUAACAGUAUUAAUGUACAGUAUGUAUCUCUGUUUAAUUGAAUUCAUACAAGUAUCAUAUUACAUUUGAAUGUUAUUCUAUGGCAUUUCUAGAACUUUGUUUUCCUGUGUGGAACAAUCAACACUAAAUCAAAGGUCUCUGGUGUCUUUAGGCUCCGGGUGACCCAGUGGGGGUGAUCUUUGCUAAGCUGGAGGUGUAUCUAUGGCUUGGUAUCACCAAAUACUCCAAGAACUGUGUUGGCAGCCUGCCAGCUGAGUUCAAGCCUGUAUACGAGGAGGCUACGGGCAUCAUCCCUGUCCCUAUGAACAUGGCCCCCAUCAAACUCUCCUGCGAGGGUAAGAGUUCCACCUUUACCUCUGAUGACUCCCUCGGAUGCAAUACACACACUCAAACUCACUCAGUCACAUAUGCAGCCUGCACAUGUAGUGGACAUGAGUCGGGCUCAUGGGUCUCGUGAUGAGGUAGCCCCGCCUUGCAACUUCAAAAUCAGUGUCACACUCGGCCCAAGGGGGAAUUCCCUCUUGGACUAAUGGUCAAGAUAUUGGUAUUCACCCACACACACCCUUACAUUGGCAUGCGCGGAUGGGCACACAUACAGAUGUUGGAUCUUAAUUUGACCAGUUUCGUCGCACAAGUAAAAUAAUCCUGCAGCAGGAGGAUUUGAUUAUUUUUUAAAAAGUGAUAAUUUCUAACUGGAAAUGACUUUUUAUAGGCUACAGUUGGCUAUAGUUUAGGUGUAAGAUCUAUUGAGAGAAAGAGAACUGCGGCGCAGGAAAAUUCUCUGCAACAACAAAGUAAACAAAUUAAGAUACCACAUCAAGAUACACAAACCUCUUGCAAUUUGUAAGUCACAAUGGAUAGACUACACACCCAUUAUUUGAAUCUGACAUCUUAAUGAGUUUCUCCGGCUUUUCUGUAUUUCCAGACAGUCGCUACUUCCAGUUGCGUGCCCAUAUCUACCAGGCGCGUGGCAUCGUGGCAGCAGAUGACAACGGACUGUCUGACCCCUUCACCAAGGUGGUGUUCUCUACACAGUGCCAGGUCUCACGGGUGAGUGGAGGCACUUGUUAACCCACCACUAGAGUACCACCUGGGUUUCAAUGGGAGGAAUGGAGUUCAUCUACUUCUGGGAUAGAAGAUGAUAUACAGUGGAGAAUUAAACACCUAUAGGAUGGCCAGACAGCAUACAGAAGGAAUUGAACAGUUUACUAUCAUAUAAAUGAUCUACAGUAAAGUUUUCAGGUGAACAAAAUAUAUAGUAAAUCAUAAAUCAACCUGGUUUAAUACAAGUUGCAACAGGGAGACACCUCUAGCACAGAAGCAGAGACAAUGUCUAACUUGCCUUCUCUAAGCAGACCCUUAUAUUCUAAUCUCACAGCACUAAUGUUCUGUAAACGUCAGCCCGAGAGGCUUGUACAGAGUCAAAACUUUGCCAGCUGCUACAGAAUAACAGUGUUCAGAAUGACACAAGGUCAUCAAUACAAUAACAUGUCGGUGUCCUCGAUCCUUGUACAGCCAGUCUGGGGUCAAUCGCUAUCAACAGAUAUUAAUUUAAUACAUAACAUACAGCAUCGAGUCUAGUGACCAUCAACCCAGAGAGUCACAAAUAGAACACUGGAAAUCAUGUGUAUUACAGAAAGGGAAAACAAAUAUGCUAAGCAUUGUGUUAAUCAUUCUUAACUGAAUAUGAACUUUACUAAUCUAAAAUAUUCCCCAUACAUCUACUGUCAUGAUCUACUAUCAUAGAUUAUCAUAGAAAAGCAACGUAUUUCCGAGAAACAGUUUGUCCACAAACAAAAUCCCAAUUCAACCUUCGAUUCACCUGUCACACAUGCAAUGGAAUACUCUGGAACAAUGCAGUUUACAAUUGGCUUUUGGGCUAUGUGUUUGAAGUCUGUCAGUACCCAUGAUAAUACAGUAAUGAUGUCUUUAUAAAUGAAAUGCAAACAUGCACAAAUAAAUACCCAUGUAUGUAGGUCUACAUGAGUUCCUUGGUUGUUUUUUGUGGUUGUAUUUUAGGUGAUGGAGGAGACUCUCUCCCCCACCUGGUGUGAGCUGCUCCUGUUUGACCAGAUCCUCAUGGAGGGUAGUAAGGACCAGUUAAGAGACGACCCCCCAGUAAUCAUCAUCAAUGUCUAUGAUUACGACAAAAUGGUAAGCUCUGUUAUGCUAUGAAUCCAGUAUGGCUCUUUUUGUCAACUUUAGUGUUGUUGUGUUGUGAAGAAUUUGUUCUACUGCCUUGGUUGAGUGCUAAAUGUCUGCCCUCUUUUGUAUAUGUGAGGUGGUAGAGAAAUAAGUGUAGCCGAUCCUACGCCACCCCAGGUUUAAACCAGAGCAUGGGGAGUUCUGCCUAACCAUACAAUACGGUUCUUAGAUCUGGUGGGAGGGAAGAGGCCGAGACUGGAAUGACCUUCUGAUAGUUAUUAUACAGAAUGUCUCUUUAUAAAAUGGUACCAAGUAUUUCAAUGAUUGGCCUAGGAAAAAUAAGUAAAUGAAACAAUGAAAAUACAAUACACAAUAAUGUUAAGUCCUUGUUGAUGCUGCCACUGUAACUUAGGCCGUAGUGCAGAUUAGCAGUAGUGCACUUGAGGAAUGGGCCGUGGCAAGAGUUAAGAGUUCUAGGGGAGUCGCGUCAAUGCCUCCCAAAACAUCCACAUAUAGAACUACAAGACAGAGAAAACUGGUGACAGUAUGAUGCCUUAAUCACUGAAUAACUCCUAUCAGUCUAUGUUAAAUUGUCAGGAACAAUAGCAAUACAAUAUGCCCAAGGACUAAGCCAAACCAAAAUAGUAAAAGGCGUCUGCAUACUAGGUUUGGAUUGCUCCUAGCAGAACUCGGCUAGGCGAAGUGAACGUCUGUGCCUCGCAUACUCCCUUAAAACACCUUCGCUUAAAAAAACUAGAAAAAUAAUGCAAUAGUACUGUUGGUCCCUCUUGAGACGCCGUAGCCAGUAUACACUUCCUCAAAAGUCAAAAUUAUUCUAAAAUAACUGAAGAAAUCUGUAAUACAUUGAGGUUUUUGCCAAGGAGGUCUUAGUCGCGCAAUUUUACAUAUAACUUUUUUUUUAGGGGGUAGAUCAGCUUCAAUAUUGCAGAUAGAUUGUGGCUUCCAUCAACGUAAUUGUCUGCAUCAUUUCCAAUCCUCAUAUAUACAUUUUUUUAAUGAUAUUUUCCAUAAUUAUUUUCCCCUAACCCUACCACCCCUCCCCUAAUUGGAGUAAACUAAUGGACAACAACACUUAGGCUUCUACUUCCAGCUUAUACAUACUAUAUACAGUGCAUUCGGAAAGUAUUAAGAACCCUUGACCUUUUCCACAUUUUGUUACGUUACAGCCUUAUUCUAAAAUGGAUUAAAUAGUUUUCGUUCUACUCCUCCAGGCUAUCCCUAUCUUGGUUACACACACCACAUCGUGUCUAUGGAAUGCAGGCACAGUCAAUUGUCAGCUCAAGCUAUAUCUAGUGACUAUACGCUCAGAUUAGCUGCAGGGAGUUAGUGGAAACCAUCCCUUUACCAAAACACAGUAUUAGUAGAACAGAAAUGUCUUACUAUUUGUUAAGUAUAUAAUUGUUAACUAUUAAUAUCAAACAAAUAAGGUAAACACGUAAUUUCUCUCUCACACCUCAUGGCUUGGUUUUUGCUCUGACUUGCACUGUCAACUGUGGGGCCUUAUAUAGACAGGUGUGUGCCUUUCCAAAUCAUGUCCUAAUAAUAAUAAUAAUAAUAAUAAUAAUAAUAAUAAUAAUAACAAAUCAAUUGAAUUUACCACAGGUGGACUCCAAUGAAGUUGUAGAAACAUCUCAAGGAUGAUCAAUGGAAACAGGAUGCACCUGAGCUCAAUUUCAUAGAAAAGGGUCUGAAUACUUAUGUAAAUAAGGUAUCUUUUUUAUUUUUAAAACAUUUGCAAAAAUGUCUAAAUACCUGUUUUUGCUUUGUCAUUAGUGUAUUGUGUGUAGAUUGAUGAGGAUUGUUUUUUUAAAAUCCAUUUUAGAAUAAGGCUGUAACGUAACAAAAUGUGGAAAAAGUCAGGGGGUCUGAAUACUUUCAGAAUGCACUACAUUUUACGGCACAGUAUAUUUUACAAUAGUUAUCUUUUGUUUGUUUUUAGUCCCAUCCUUCAGCUACCCUCAACCCCUCCCAGCUAUCUCUGAAGACCAUUCAGUUUUGAUUUCUAUUUGCCAUAUAUUUUUCAACUUUGCUGUGAUGUUUCACAAAAGUUCUGAACCUUUCUAUUCUCAUAGUUUCUACAGAUUGUGAAUUAAAGAUAAAAAAAAAUGUUGGUAAGAAUAUUGUUAUUUUAUUGAUUGACUAUGAAUUUUCAAAUCACCCAGCAGUGCUAUGUUGCAAUUCUUCAGCCAUUCCUGAACCUGUGUCCAAAAACAAACUACAUAUGGACAGUACCAAAACAAAUGAUCUAAUGAUUCUGUCUCUUCACAGGCAAAGUCUGCAGAGCUGGGAUGGUUGUAUCCCCAUAUAACAUUAUGUUGGUUGCAAUAAUUUUGUAUAAUAAUUUACUUUAAUCCGGCGUCGUUUUGUGCAUCUAACUAAGAUGUUUGGUGCAGUAUUUUUUAAGUGAAAAAAAAUCUGAAUUAAAACGAGUCAUCUCUCGUUGAAUGACAACUUUAUUGAAAAAUCCCUACUGUUGACCAAUCACAGACGAAGGGGCGUAGACUACGGCUACCGAACAUCAGCUUGCCUCAGGAAUUUUAAAUGUAAUGUACGUUUUUUUUAUUUGGCAUUUAUGAUUAUACAGAUAACACAGACAGAACAGGUAGAGGACAAAACACACAGAUCCUACCAAAUCAAACCCACCCCAACGCCCCCAUACUCUAACAGAGCCCCACCCCAAAACCAGACAUGAUAUACAAUGAGUAAUAUAAUCAAAUAGUUUAAAAGUAACACAAAAAAUAUAUAUAUAUAAUUGCAGGUCCCCUAACGGAGUAGUGUAUUUUCUCUAGCUUGAGAUGUUGCAUAACUUCCUUUAUCCAAUGGUUAAACGUAGGAGGAAACCGAUCCUUCCACUUAAAUAGUAUAAGAUGUUUGUUUUUGUUUUUUUUCGAUGACCAAAACAAACAAAAACGUCACAAAAUGUCGUCAUAAUAUACCCACGGUUGGGAAGCAUGCGAAUGCCUUUAGGGUGCCAGGAAGAAAGGAACAAGUCAACUAUAGUAAAUCUAAAACCCAAACUCGCUCCAGUGCUCACUAGUCAAGAACACAAACACAAUACGCACACAACAAUAGCUCUACCACGAGCUACUAGUAGGCUACGGCUUCUUCAAUUACGUUCGACUCCACAAUUCAACACACAGCGUUUGGACAAGCUCCCGGGAGUUGACGGGCCCUGUCAAACUCCCAGUGAGUGUGGUGUUUUUCCUUGUUGAGUGUACGUCCGUCUGCUUCUAUUCGUCUAAUUCUCCACCACGCUUCCUUUGUCGAUGGUUCUGUUGGAUUGGUAGCUAACUGUUGUGGUAGUGUUUGGUUUCGCCGUGGCUGUGUCAGAGCGUGGAGAUGGAGCUCCGGUUGGUAGCGAGUGGCGAAAAAGGUGCGUCCAUCCCUCAUUAUAAGGUGACCCACGCAGGUGCGCCUGUUCAGGUAGAGGGAACCUAUUAACCUAACAUGAUUUGGGCUCACGCACACACAAAUGGGCUGGUUUACAGCAUGAGAUUGACACAUGAAAUACAAAUCACAAUAAGGCCCUUAACGCGCCACCACUGCCGCCAUACUUUCACAAAAAAGAUUGCAGUUUUGAAACUGCAGUCGACUGUGGUAUUUUGGACGCAGUAAUUGCAGAACUGCAGUGUAAUAUAAAUAGCUAACCAGCUACUUAACCCUGUUGCCCGAAGCUAACGUUAUAAGCAGCCAGCUAGCUUCAUCUGGCUAGUGAGGCUUGACUGGACCGGGUUUUGUGUUGUGAAGCUAGCCACAAUAAGGAUUAGCCACAAUAGUGGAAUUUGAGGUUCGCCUUGAAAAUAGGUCCCUCUUUAAAGUGACGCAAAUGGUAACAAUUGGUGGAAUCAUGUCAUAUUUAGACUAGAUGUGGAUCAAUGAAAUGGGGUAUCAGUCUACUCGGUGACACCCACAGAACACAACUGUGACGAGUUUAUCCAAAUAUUAGCGUAAUAGCUCUUAUUGCAGGACUUUGGCUGUGGGAAAUCACCUUCCCAGUCAGCUUAUUGUGCAUAUUGACAUUAAUAUUGCACUGUACAGCCUUACCUAAGGAUUUGGGAUCAAUGAAAUGGGGUAUCAGUCUACUCAGUACCCAAGUUCUCCUCAUAGUUACCAGACUCCAAAACAUCCAGGUUGUAUUGUUUCCCCUCUGGAAUAGUGUUCAAUAUACAUAGUAGGUUGACUGGUACAAUAAAUGUGGCUCAUUUCACAGUGGUUUCAGAGUCCCGCAAUAAGAGCUACGAUGCUAAUGUUCUGUGGGUGUCACUGAGUAGACUGAUACCCCAUGUCAUUGAUCCAUAAUCCAUAGGUAAGGCUGUACAGUGAAAUAAGUAUGCCCCCAAUGCAAUUCUAAAGUCUAAUACACCCCCGGUGUGAUUUCAAACGAUUUUCUGUCAAAUUAACAAAUUAUUGUCUUUUGUUGAAUUUAUAUAACAUUCCAAACUCGUUUAGCAUGAGCUAUUCCAUUAUGGCCCUAUUUGUGUUAAUUUGCGUCACUUUCAAGGAGAUACUUUUAUUUUGAAGGUGAACCGCAAAUUUCUUUAUUGUGGCUAAUCCUUAUUGUGUCUAGCUUCACCUAGGUGAGUCACACCGUCAUUAACCAAAUAACUGUUUUAUAAAUUAGGGGUAUUUUAGAUUAUGACACCUAGCUAGAUAGUUAGCUAGUGUUGGUGAAACCAUAAGGAGAGGAAGUACAAACCAACGACGCUAGACAGAGAGGAAUAUGCUUAAGCAAAAGGCAGUUUAUUAAACACAGAGAUAGCUGGUACUGCUCAAGCUACAUGCAUGGGCCCAAUGCAUGGACCCAAUCAAUUGCCUCUUAUGGAGACAGUUGAGAAGGAUAAAAAACAGAGUUUACAGCAUUACUUUAUACAAUGUAACACAAAAGAAGGGGUCCUUCUUCUAGUCCCUUGAUUGGUUCCCGAGGCGUAGGAGGCGGGUCUGCUCUGUCCAGAGUAGAAGCCCCUUUGGUGCACGGCAGAGUCCUCUGCCCUUGGCACCCGACCAGUAGAAAGAAGUGCAGUUUGUGUGUGUCCGUAACUCGUGAGGCAUGAGGAUGAGUGUGCGUAUGCAUGGAGAUGUGUGUGUGAAUGUGUGUAUGUUCUCAAAGGAAAGACUCGUGGGGAGCAACCAGAUUGUGGCCUGUGGCGUGGGUGUUGUCCUUGAGAAGAUAUUGGCUCUGUCCAUUGUUCUUGCAUAGGAACAGCAUUGAUUGAAAACAAGCUCCUAACAUUAAAAUGGGUCAUGCACAAGAUUUUAGUCAGACCAAGCUAUAACAUUUUAAUAUUUACUACGACACUAGCUAACUAUAGCUACAGAAACAGAUUAUGUCAUUUUGCUAUGUUUUGGGGGAAGAACAUUGUUUGCAUCCAUCAGCUUUUUUUAUGACCAGCACUGUCCCAGAGCUUGGGGAAGUGUGUCUGCGCCCGCAGCGAGACAACACUUUACCAGCAUCAUAGCAUACGUAUCGGUGAAUCGCUGUGACAUACGAGUGAUUGAUUACACAAUGUAUAAUAACUACGUAAAACAUUUAUGAACGUGUUAAAUUAUUAUGUGACGUGCAGUCAUAUUCAGGUCCUGAUUGGUCAACAGGCUUAAUUGAUGCCUCAAAUAGUGUUAUUUGACACGUCAAAUAGCUAUUUUUUACGUGUAUCUUUUUUGACACACACAUUUUCCAUACAUUCCAUAUGGAGCGAGUAGGUGUUCUUAAUGUUUUGUAUACUCAGUGUAUAUAUAUUUGUAUUUGUUUUAUUAAUAUUACUAACAGAUUAAAUACAUGUAUCCAUGGAAUAAGUUUAGAGUGUGUAAUACAAUGUUAUCCUAAUCUACAAUUUAUGUUCUUAACCCUGGGCAACAUGGGCCUUGGAGGCUCACAGGAAAAAAAAAAAAAGAUUUUAAAAAAACAUCUCUGCCACCAUACAAAAUGUGUAGAAUUGCAAGAAAUUAGCUUAAACUGCUAAAUGUUCUCUCUGAUGUCAAGAGGUUGGCCUUUAAAAUGUUUCUUUCCAGGGCACAAGACUUGGUUUGUCCGGGCCCUGCACUGCCGAAGUCAUAGUAAAAUGACUUGUAUGCUAUUUUUAGCUCACUCAAGUUGUGUUCUGAUUAUGAGGGGGUCUCUGAUUAAUUUUCUAUUACAUUGACAUUUUAGUCAUUUAGCAGACGCUCUUAUCCAGAGCGACUUACAGUUAGUGAGUGCAUACAUUUUUUUUUUUAUACUGGCCCCCCGUGGGAAUCAAACCCACAACCCUGGUGUUGCAAACUCCAUGCUCUACCAACUGAGCUACAUCCCUGCCGGCCAUUCCCUCCCCUACCCUGGACCAAUUGUGCGCCGCCCCAUGGGUCUCCCGGUCGCGGCCGGCUACAACAGAGCCUAGAUUCGAACCAGGAUCUCUAGUGGCACAGCUAGCACUGUAAAGCAGUGCCUUAGACCACUGCGCCACUCGGGAGAGUAUCACAAAAGGACUCCAAAAGUUUGUCCUCCAAAGGCACGCCAGCCUGCAAAUAGUAAGGAGAUCCCCUAAAUGAAUGAAACUGACAAACAUGUAUACCUUGGGCCACGUUCGUAAUUACAACGAGGCACACCUGGGAACCAACAGGCCAAGAGACGGGUUCAAGCAUAGAAUUAGGAAUUAGAAUAGGAUCUCUAUGGGUUCAAGACAAUUCAGCAGUUCUACCCUGUUACAUCUUUCCCAUAUACAGUGGGGGAAAAAAGUAUUUAGUCAGCCACCAAUUGUGCAAGUUCUCCCACUUAAAAAGAUGAGAGAGGCCUGUAAUUUUCAUCAUAGGUACACGUCAACUAUGACAGACAAAUUGAGGAAAAAAAAUCCAGAAAAUCACAUUGUAGGAUUUUUAAUGAAUUUAUUUGCAAAUUAUGGUGGAAAAUAAGUAUUUGGUCACCUACAAACAAGCAAGAUUUCUGGCUCUCACAGACCUGUAACUUCUUCUUUAAGAGGCUCCUCUGUCCUCCACUCGUUACCUGUAUUAAUGGCACCAUGUUUGAACUUGUUAUCAGUAUAAAAGACACCUGUUCACAACCUCAAACAGUCACACUCCAAACUCCACUAUGGCCAAGACCAAAGAGCUGUCAAAGGACACCAGAAACAAAAUUAUAGACCUGCACCAGGCUGGGAAGACUGAAUCUGCAAUAGGUAAGCAGCUUGGCUUGAAGAAAUCAACUGUGGGAGCAAUUAUUAGGAAAUGGAAGACAUACAAGACCACUGAUAAUCUCCCUCGAUCUGGGGCUCCACGCAAUAUCUCACCCCGUGGGGUCAAAAUGAUCACAAGAACGGUGAGCAAAAAUCCCAGAACCACACGGGGGGACAUAGUGAAUGACCUGCAGAGAGCUGGGACCAAAGUAACAAAGCCUACUAUCAGUAACACACUACGCCGCCAGGGACUCAAAUCCUGCAGACACAGACGUGUCCCCCUGCUUAAGCCAGUACAUGUCCAGGCCCGUCUGAAGUUUGCUAGAGUGCAUUUGGAUGAUCCAGAAGAGGAUUGGGAGAAUGUCAUAUGGUCAGAUUAAAACAAAAUAUAACUUUUUGGUAAAAACUCAACUUGUCGUGUUUGGAGGACAAAGAAUGCUGAGUUGCAUCCAAAGAACACCAUACCUACUGUGAAGCAUGGGUGUGGAAACAUCAUGCUUUGGGGCUGUUUUUCUGCAAAGGGACCAGGACGACUGAUCCGUGUAAAGGAAAGAAUGAAUGGGGCCAUGUAUCGUGAGAUUUUGAGUCAAAACCUCCUUCCAUCAGCAAGGGCAUUGAAGAUGAAACGUGGCUGGGUCUUUCAGCAUGACAAUGAUCCCAAACACGCCGCCCGGGCAACGAAGGAGUGGCUUCGUAAGAAGCAUUUCAAGGUCCUGGAGUGGCCUAGCCAGUCUUCAGAUCUCAACCCCAUAGAAAAUCUUUGGAGGGAGUUGAAAGUCCAUGUUGCCCAGCAACAGCCCCAAAACAUCACUGAUCUAGAGGAGAUCUGCAUGGAGGAAUGGGCCAAAAUACCAGCAACAGUGUGUGAAAACCUUGUGAAGACUUACAGAAAACGUUUGACCUGUGUCAUUGCCAACAAAGGGUAUAUAACAAAGUAUUGAGAAACUUUUGUUAUUGACCAAAUACUUAUUUUCCACCAUAAUUUGCAAAUAAAUUCAUAAAAAAUCCUACAAUGUGAUUUUCUGGAUUUUUUUUUCUCAUUUUGUCUGUCAUAGUUCACGUGUACCUAUGAUGAAAAUUACAGGCCUCUCUCAUCUUUUUAAGUGGGAGAACUUGCACAAUUGGUGGCUGACUAAAUACUUUUUUUCCCCACUGUACAAGGACAAUCGCAGACCCAAUAAUGACAUGACAUCAUGAUGCCAAAUAUGUUAUCCUAAUAUCCAAUUAGGAUAACAGUUUGGCAAUAAAAUCCCUUAAAAAUAACAAUCAGUUGAAAACCUGCAUACACAGGUGGUCAUCAGGCACUUCACCCAGGUCUCAUGUAUUUCUCUGUGUUAAUGAUAUCACAGGGGAGUCCUGAGCCCCUGGGCCAAGCGUUCGCUGAGCCGGAGCUGAAGUUUGUGGAGGAGCCAUAUAAGAAGCCCAUGCUGAAGUUCUUUGACAUCACCCGAGGCAAAGCCUCAGCGGGGGAGCUCCUGGCGGCCUUUGAGCUGAUAGAGCUGGACUACUCAAGCUUUGGAGAGGUCAGACACUUAAAGCAACUAUUAAACACUAUAGCAAGUGAGUGAGUGAGACUGGACAGGGGGAAAUGGAGGGGGAGAGAGAGAGAGAUUGAAAUGUCAAAGCAUAACUCAGAAAUACUAUCUUAUACGUUAUCAGUCCACUAUGUUUACACUUAUGGUGUGGUAAAUAUAUCAACAAUUUUGAGGUAUAUAGGCCCCACGAAGGUAGUAUUGCUGCUGUGGUUGGAAAAGUAUACUCUUUCUGACUAUAUUUCGCCUCUCUAUAUACCCAGCCAUCACUACCUGCUGAUGUGGACCCCAGGGAGCCUGAGUAUCUGAAGGAAGAGAAGCAUUACAUCAUCCCAGCUGGGGUUAGGCCUGUGCUGAAGAAAUUUCGUAUAGAAGUAUGUGAAAACCUUUCCUCUGUAAAAAGUGUAUGACAUUAUAAUAUAUGUCACUUUAUAUAAACUUUUUAUCCAAAGUGACUUAUACAGGACUGUGAGUGCAUACAGUAUUAUGAGUAUGUGAUCCCUGUGGGACAUGAACCCAUAACAUUGGUGUUGCUAGCGCAACACUCACCAACUGAGCCAUAUCACUGAACAAUGUUAUGUGGGACACAAUACCUUUUGUUGGCUGCUGUCCUACAGUAUGUUGUGUGUUUCCUAUAAUGUGAUGCUGCUGCCUCAGUGCUAUGGUGUGUUGAGUGUCAGUUGAGAACUCUGUGAUGCUUGUGUUCAGGUGCUGUACUGGGGUGUGCGAGACCUGAAGAGGGUCAACCUGUUUGAAGUGGAGAGGCCUCAAGUGAGAAUGGAGUGUGCGGGACAAAGGAUCGAGUCAGAGGAAAUCGAGAGCUACCAAGUCCUUCCCAACUUCAAAGAGGUUGUCAAACACUUUGAUGUGGUGAGUACCUCUUUUCCACUGCCAUAACUGGCCCACUGUGUUUAACAUCGAACUGUAGCUCCAGGUUUUAGAUGUGAAUUAUUAACCGACUUAGAUUUUGGAACAUGAGGACUUGUAGCACAGCUAAAAUGACCAGAAGGAUUACUUCAAAGGGGGUUGGACACACUUGCUGCCUUUAGUCCAGCCAUGCAUUUAGUGGAAGGGUGCACAAGUCUGAUGCUUGACGGCCAGAUUGUAUGCUGGUUUUUGUCCCCAUCUGGCGUCUUUUAAUCAGAGACCAAAUGAUACCGAUCAAAAGACACUAACUGAGUCAAUGACACUAAUUUAUUAAUUCAGUCCCAUAGAGACAUGACAACCAGAACUGCGGCCCUCAAGGGACUAGAGUUGUGCACCCCUGAUCUCCAGUUUCUUGUUUUAUCCCCCUAUAGGAGCUUCCAGAGCUGACGUACCUUCACCCUCCUCUCACCAUCUUUGUGAUGGAGCAGCGGGCGUUCGGCAGGCUGGUGCUGGUGGGCACACACAUGGUCCAAAGUCUGAUGCAAUUUGCACCAACAAACCUGGAGGAAUGGCGAGACGAUGAGGAGGAGCCUGAACCUUGGGGUACGAGUGACUAACACCGUCCCAGUCUCAAAUCUCUGGAAGACUGAAACAGGUUUCCCUCAAGAAUUUCCCUGUAUUUAGCGCCAUCCAUCAUUCCUUCAAUUCUGACCAGUUUCCCAGUCCCUGCCGAUGAAAAACAUCCCCACAGCAUGAUGCUGCCACCACCAUGCUUCACUUUGGGGAUGGUGUUCUCGGGUUGAUGAGAGGUGUUGGGUUUGCGCCAGACAUAACGUUUUCCUUGAUGGCCAAAAAGCUCAAUUUUAGUCUCAUCUGACCAGAGUAACUUCUUCCAUAUGUUUGGAGAGUCUCCACAUGCCUUUUGGCGAACACCAAACGUGUUUGCUUAUUUUUUUCUUUAAGCAAUGGCUUUUUUCUGGCCACUCUUCCGUAAAGCCCAGCUCUGUGGAGUGUACGGCUUAAAGUGGUCCUAUGGACAGAUACUCCAAUCUCUGCUGUGGAGCUUUGCAGCUCCUUCAGGGUUAUCUUUGGUCUCUUUGUUGCCUCUCUGAUUAAUGCCCUCCUUGCCUGGUCUGUGAGUUUUGGUGGGCGGCCCUCUGUUGGCAGGUUUGUUGUGGUGCCAUAUUCUUUACAUUUUUUAAUAAUGGAUUUAAUGGUGCUCCCGUAUCAGCAUCCAGCCCAGUUGUGAAUAGGCUUAGAAGUUAUUUCAAAGAAAGAGCCUGCUGAAAUAAAAUGAUAAAAUGCAUCAAUGAUGCCAUUUUUUUUCGUAAUGAGGCCAGUGUCUGAAUUCAUUUUUUUGUGGCAGAAAGGAGGAAGUAGAACCCUUCAGGGAUUUGACAGUUUUCCAGAAUUUAGCCGGGUUCCCAUUACAAUCCGAGAGAGCGGUUACAUAAUAAUCAGAUUUUGCCUUUCGUAUUUGUCUUACACAAUGAUUCCUCAGUUGCUUAAAAGCUUGCCUGGCCUUGACCCAAGCGUAAUCUAUUUUAUUAAUGACUCAGAUCAAUCAGAGUUGACUUUCAAGGAUCUUUAGGGUUGGGCCGUGUAGGCUUAGUCACCAGCUGGGUUAUGUUUAGGUCAUUACUCAUGUCUUUUAGAAUGUCUGAAGCCUGCAUUUCCCAAUCAUAAUUUAGGUUACCCAGGAUAGUAACUUCUGAUUUAGUAAAAAGAAGACAACAAACUAGUUAACUCCUCGAGUUAGCCGAGGGAGGGAGGUAGACCCCUGUCACAGUUAUGGAUACAUUUUUCCCCAGACAAAGCCUUAAAGUGGAACUGACAGCAUUUUUGCAACAUAAAACCCCUCAAAUCUGUCCAUAUAUACCCCCAGGAAGAAUAUGACACUUUUUACAAUAGUUUUCUGACAAGCGAGCACUUAGAUAUGUUAAUUUUCAAAUGUUCAUAAAUUCUUAGAAUGUUUGGAUAUUACGUACACUACCAGUCAAAAGUUUGGACACCUACUCAUUCAAGGGUUUUUCUUAUUUUUUUUAAACUAUUUUUUACAUUGUAGAAUAAUAGUGAAGACAUCAAAACUAUGAAAUAACACAUAUGGAAUCAUGUAGUAACCAAAAAAGUGUUAAAACAAAUCAAAAUAUAUUUUAUAUUUGAGAUUCUUCAAAUAGCCACCCUUUGCCUUGAUGACAGCUUUGCACACUCUUGGCAUUCUCUCAACCAGCUUCAUGAGGUAUUCACCUGGAAUGCAUUUCAAUUAACAGGUGUGCCUUCUUAAAAGUUAAUUUGUGGAAUUCUUUUCCUUCUUAAUGCGUUUGAGCCAAUCAGUUGUGUUGUGACAGGGUAGAAGAUAGCCCAAUUUGGUAAAAGACCAAGUCCAUAUUAUGGCAAGAACAGCUCAAAUAAGCAAAGAGAAAUGACAGUCCAUCAUUACUUUAAGACAUGAAGGUCAGUCAAUCCGGAAAAUGUCAAGAACUUUGAACGUUUCUUCAAGUGCAGUCAAAAAAACCAUCAAACGCUAUGAUGAAACUGGCUCUCAUGAGGACCGCCACAGGAAUGGAAGACCCAGAGUUACCUCUGCUGCAGAGGAUAAGUUCAUUAGAGUUACCAGCCUCAGAAUUUGCAGCCCAAAUAAAUGCUUCACAGAGUUCAAGUAACACACAUCUCAACAUCAACUGUUCAGAGGAGACUGUGUGAAUCAGGCCUUAAUGGUCUAAUUGCUGCAAAGAAACCACUUCUAAAGUACACCAAUAAGAAGAAGAGACUUGCUUAGGCCAAGAAACACGAGCGAUGGACAUUAGACUGGUUGAAAUGUGUGCUUUGGUCUGGAGUCCAAAUUGGAGAUUUUUGGUUCCAACCGCCGUGUCUUUGUGAGACGCGGUGUGGGUGAACGGAUGAUCGCCGCAUGUGUAUUUCUCACCGUAAAGCAUGGAGGAGGAGGUGUUAUGGUGUGGGGGUACUUUGCUGGUGACACUGUCUGUGAUUUAUUUAGAAUUCAAGGAACACUUAACCAGCAUGGCUACCACAGCAUUCUGCAGUGAUACGCCAUCCCAUCUGGUUUGGGCUUAGUGGGACUAUCAUUUGUUUUUCACCUUGACAAUGACCCAACACACCUCCAGGCUAUAUAAGGGCUAUUUUACCAAGAAGGAGAUUGAUGGAGUGUUGCAUCAGAUGACCUGGCCUCCACAAUCCCCUGACCUCAACCCAUUUGAGAUGGUUUGGGAUGAGUCGGACCGCAGAGUGAAGGAAAAGCAGCCUACAAGUGCUCUGCAUAUUUGGGAACUCCUUCAAGACUGUUGGAAAAGCCUUCCAGGUGAAGCUGGUUGAGAUAAUGCCAAGAGUGUGCAAAGCUGUCAAGGCAAAGGGUGGCUACUUUGAAGAAUCUCAAAUAUAAAAUAUUUUUUGAUUUGUUUAACACUUUUUUUGGUUACUACAUGAUUCCAUAUGUUAUUUCAUAGUUGUGAUGUCUUCACUAUUAUUCUACAAUGUAAAAAUAAAGAAAACCCAUUGAAUGAGUAGGUGUGUCCAAACUUUUGACUUUUACUCUAUACUAAGGCAUUUGUGAAAAUUCUAUAGCAAAUAUGUCAGUACCACAGGAGUCCUUUUACAUUUGGGAACUUUACAGUCCUAUUGACCAAACAACCAUAAAAAGGAAGGCUGUCUUUCCCUGUAUGCACGUCAACAAAAUCAACAACUAAUGCUAACCAGAGCAAGAUGAGCUAAAAUCUAACGAAGGAACAUUAGAUAAACCCUUUCAAACCUUUUCAGCUAAUUGGCCCUCAAAAUUGUUAUGCAAAACAAUGGGGAAUUUUAGCCUACUCGUCCUUCUGCAGCUUGCCUGCAACCAAGCAGCCAAGCUAACUGGCUAGCUAGCUACUUCCAGACACAAAUGAGAGAACACCGCACUCUGACCAUUUUACUCGCCCUAGCAGAGCUGGUUAGCUAGGCGGUUUACAUUACAUUUGUUUAAAAAAAAUUGUAAUUUAGCAGACGCUCUUAUCCAGAGCGACUUACAGUAGUGAAUGCAUACAUUUCCGUACUUUCUCGUACUGGUCCCCCAUGGGAAUGCGAACCCACAACCCUGGUGUUGCAAGUGGGCAUGCUCUACCGAUUGUUACCUAGAGCGUUCAUGACUUUUUUUGCCUACGUUUACCUGACAUCGAUCAUAUUUAGCGGAUGUUGCGCGUUCGUAAAUUCAUCAGUUAUUCUACGCUCUGGCACACGAGAGUGCUCUGAAAUCGGAGUAGAUAGCCAGAGUGAAUUUGUAUGCAAGAGAUAUGCUAACUGGAUAAGUCUUUCAACUUCAUGCAAGCUAACCAAAUGACAUCUGCAUCUCUAGCUGUGUAUUGCCACCGAAAAAUUAUAUGAGGGGAAAAAGUCAGUAACUCACCCACUCCUCCAAUGCACACGACAUUACAUCCUCCUAGCAGCUAGCUAACGUUAGGCUCCGUGUUUUUAGCUUGCUAAAUAAAUAGAUACGCUAGCCUAUUAGCCACGUUAUGACUGACUUGUGGUCAUUGCCCUUGCUAGUUUGAUUGUAUUGACAUUCCCAGCCUUAGUUACUGUACAUUCGUCUGUUUUUGUCCAAAAUAUUGAGUCAUUGUAACUGAAACAGUGCAUCCCAAAUGGAGGCAGGAAACAAUGUACCAGGCCAGCUAUGAUUUACAACCUGAUAGCAAUAUUUUUGGGAAUACCAAGAAAUGUUUUGGUGAAUUAUAUUAAUCAUGCAUUGAACUGCAUCCAUCUAUUAUGCCAACAAUGCCUUAGUGUACGUCAUGGAAUGUUGAGUCAAAUACAACCUAUUUUUAAAACCUCUUAUAAAGUUGGUUUUGUAGCAUAAACUGGGAAUUUGAUAUUUUUGACUGAUAUUAUGAUUGUCUGUUUGUUUCAUAUCUGCAAAGUAGUUAAAACACUGUCAGUUCCACUUUAAAGAUAGUAGCUAACAAUUGUUGGCAAGGGAAAUGGAUUUCAGUAAAGAGACCACUCCACCACCUCUACCCUGUCUGUCAGCUCUGAACUCAUUAUAACAUUCAAUAUUAAUAUCAGAGUCCAGAAUGUCCACAGAUAUCCAAGUUUCAGUCAAUAACAGAAUGUCCGGAUUUGUCUGCAUAGCCUAGAUCUUUUUAGGAUCCAGUUAGAAUCCAGUUUAGGAUGUAAGCUCCUAACGUUCAGAUGCAGAUUCAGAUCAACCCAAGUCGUUUAUGAUUUUUAAAGUCACAUGGAGUCUCCAACUCAAACAAGCUACGUUCAAUAGGUGGUUGCAGGCCAUGUCUGAUGGUUGAUAUUGAUAAAGUUGGUAUGGCUAUAAGAUUGCAUAGAACUGCACCAUUUGGUCUAUCCCUAUUUGUAAUAAAGGAGAGAUUAGAAAUUGAAAUUACUUUUCCAAGGUUGGCACCAUAGGGCCUGAGGCCACAGCCAAUGUCAGUAUGAGGAACUCUCAGAGUAACCAAUGAUGGAAUGUUAUAAACUGACUUACGUUAGCUUUGGUUGCUAUCAUGCAACAUCCCAAGCCCUCUACGUGAUUUGAAAACAGAGGGGGUAUUCAAGUUUAUGGAAUUAACAUUUGAACUAAUAGUACUGGGUGAGCAGACCACUGUGGGCUUCUCUUUUGAGCUAACAAUAGCAGAUCUAACAGUGGAGUACAAACAAAUUGGUACAAGAUUGCAACUGACAACACCCCUGGCAGUAUAGACAACAGUACGACGACAAUGCUUAGAAAAGAGAGGAGGUAUUACCUGAGCAUUUAGCACUAGCUGAAGUUUAUUUAGUGCUUUAUCCGGGUAUCCGGAGAGUAGAGCAUUGCAGUAGUCUAAUCUUGAAGUGACAAGAGCAUGGAUUAGGUUUUCUGCAUCAUUUUUAGACAAAAGGUUUCAGAUUUUUGCGAUGUUACAAAGAUGAAGAAAAGUUGCUCUUUAAAUAUUUUGUUUGUUCGUCAAAAGAGAGAUCAGGGUCCAGAGUAAUGCCAAGGUCCUUCAGUUUUAUUUGAGACAACUGUACAAACAUCAUGAAUAAUUGUCAUAUCAAACAGCAGAUCUCUUUGUUUCUUGGGAUCUAGAACUACCAUCUCUGUUUUGUCCGACUUUAAACGUUUAAAGAAAUCUACCAUCCACUUCCUUAUGUCUGAAACACAGGCUUCCAGGGUAGGCAAUUUUGGGGCUUCACCAUGUUUCAUCAAAAUGUACGCAUAGAAUUUGGUUCGUCUGCAUAGCAAUGAACGUUGACAUUGUGUUUCCGAAUUACAUCACCAAGAGGUAGAAUAUAUAAUGAAAACAAUAGUGGUCCUAAAACGGAACCUUGAGGAACACCGAAACUUACCAUUGAUUUGUCAGAGGACAAACCAUCCACAGAGACGAACUGAUAUCUUUCUGACAGAUAAGAUCUAAACCAGACAAGAACUUGUAAUUUGUUUUUCUAAAAACCUUUUUUGCUUUGUCAUUAUGGGGUAUUGUGUGUAGAUAGAUGAGGGGAAAAAAGUAAUUUAAUCCAUUUUAGAAUAAGGCUGUAAUGUAACAAAAUGUGGACAAAGUUAAGAGGUCUGAAUACUUUCCGAAUGCACUGUAUUUAGAGAAUAUGAUGCCACGAGUUGAUUUCACAUAUAUAUCCACCCCUCCCCCUUUUUUCAGUCUGUCACACCUGAAGUCUAGUCCCCUGUAGCUCAGUUGGUAGAGCAUGGCGCUUGCAACACCAGGGUUGUGGGUUCGUUUCCCACGGGGGGCCAGUAUGAAAAUGUAUGCACUCACUAACUGUAAGUCGCUCUGGAUAAGAGCGUCUGCUAAAUAACUAAAAUGUAAAUGUAAGAUGUUGUAAUCAGCAAUGUUUUUAUCUGGGAUCAAGCCAUUUAGCCAAGUCUCUGUUGAGAACCAAAAUACCUAGGCUCGUAUCAUGCACGAUGAUAACGCUGUGAAAUAGUGGGAUUGGGAAGAAUUACCUGAGCAGGGCUCUUGUGCAAGGCACUUAACCCUAAUUGCUCCUGUAAAUCGCCUUGGAUAGGAACACCUGCUAAAUGACUCAAAUGUAAAAUGUAAAUGUUAUAGGAGCCUCCUCGAUGUUGGCCAAGAUAACUUUUGCCCCUCUCCUAUUUGGAUGCAAGCCAUCCCUCUUGUAAAAUUGGGGCCUCUCCCAAAAGUGGUCAAUUGUCAAUAUAAAGUUAAUUUGUGUCAAAUUUUUGGAUUUGUCUGAUAUGUAAUCUUGGCACCCAGAACCAAAUCUUGUGUGCACACCAGUCGGCUACUAAAAUGCGUUUGAUCUGAAAUGUAGCAUUAUCCCUACGAGGGAUAGGCCUAUAAGAGUUGCAAUUUGUUUGAACUUGUCCCUGCUUUGGAAACACCUUAGGUCAUUAGAUAUAUUUCCAGGGCUCUCCAUACCUUAUGACAUUUCAUGAAUGGCCUUCAUUGACUAAUUCUGCAUAGUUUGAUUUUAUCCUACAUUUUAAUUACUGAGAAUAAUUUAAGCCUACUAGAAAGUGUGUGCCCUCAGGCCUGUACGGAAGCAAAAGUCACACCACUACCUAAGAAUAGUAAAGCCCCCUUUACUGGCUCAAAUAGCCGACCAAUCAGCAUGUUACCAACCCUUUGUAAAGUUAAGGAAAAAAUGGUGUUUGACAAGAUACAAUGCUAUUUUACAGUAAACAAAUUGACAACAAACUUUCAGCACGCUUCUAAGGAAGGACAUUCAACAAGCACAGCACUGACUGAUCAUUGGCUGAGAGAAAAUGAUGAUAAAAAGAUUGUGGGGGCUCUUUUGUUGGACUUCAGUGCGGCUUUUGACAUUAUCGAUCAUAGUCUGCUGCUGGAAAAAUGUAUGUGUUAUGGCUUUACACCCCCUGCUAUAUUGUGGAUAAAGAGUUACCUGUCUAACAGAACACAGAGGGUGUUCUUUAAUGGAAGCCUCUCCAACAUAAUCCAGGUGGAAUCAGGAAUUCCCCAGGGCAGCUGUCUAGGCCCCUUACUUUUUUCAAUCUUUACUAACGACAUGCCACUGGCUUUGUGUAAAGCCAGUGUGUCUAUGUAUGUGGAUGACUCAACACUAUACAUGCCAGCUGCUACAGCAACUGAAAUGACUGCAACACUUAACUAAGAGCUGCAGUUAGUUUCAGAAUGUGUGGCAAGGAAUAAGUUAGUCCUAAAUAUUUCAAAAUCUAAAAGGAUUGUAUUUGGGACAAAUCAUUCACUAAACCCUAAACCUCAACUAAAUCUUGUAAUAAAUCCUGUGGAAAUUGAGCAAGUUGAGGUGACUAAGCUGCUUGGAGUAACCCUGGAUUGUAAACUGUCAUGGUCAAAACAUAUUGAUACAAAAGUAGCUAAGAUGGGGAGAAGUCUGUCCAUAAUAAAGUGCUGCUCUACCUUCUUAAUAGCACUAUCAACAAGGCAGGUCCAAAUUGCAAUUGGCUCAGAACAGGGCAGCACGGCUGGCCCUUGGAUGUACACAGAGAACAAGCAUUAAUCAAUCUCUCCUGGUCUCAUCACUACUUGUAUUUGUGAGAGAUAUUGACAUGUUGAAAGCACCGAGCUGUCCAUUUAAAUGACUAGCACACAGCUCAGACACCCAUGCAUACCCCACAAGACAUGCCACCAGAGGUCUCUUCACAGUCCCCAAGUCCAGAACAAGAACACACUAUGGGAGGCGCACAGUACUACAUAGAGCCAUGACUACAUGGAACUCUAUUCCACAUCAGGUAACUGAUGCAAGCAGUAGAAUCAGAUUUAACAAUAGAUAAAAAUACACCUUAUGGAACAGCGGGGACUGUGAAGCAACAAAAACAUAGGCACAGACACAUGCAUACACACACAUGAUAACAUAUGCACUAUACACACACACACACGCACAUGGAUUUUGUGUUGUAGAUAUGUGGUAGUGGAGAAUGGGCCUGAGGAUACACACUUAGUGUGUUGUGAAUUCUGUAAUGAAUGUAUUGUAAUGUUUUAAAAAUUGUAUAACUGCCUUAAUUUUGCCGGACCCCAGGAAGAGUAGCUGCUGCCUUGGCAGCAGUUAAUGGGGAUCCAUAAUAAAUACAAAUAGUCAGUCCCAUGUCCUUAUUAUCCAUGUCUUUAUUGCCUUCAGAAAAUAACCCCCCCAUGAGGACAACCCUUCUCAAUACAGUGAAGCAAAUGGACCUGAGUGGCCUUCCGAUCAAAACCUCCAAGAUUCCCAUCAACCCCCUUAACUUCACUGUGAGUAUUUGUACCAUAGCCUGUCUCAUCUUUCUGCUCAACAGAGCCUACUGCAGCUCCUCUCUUUUCCUGCAAAAAGCUCCUUCCCUCCUCCAAAAAGACUAAAAAGACAAAGGUUGCCAUUUACUCUAAAGCCCUGUUUAUACCUGGUGCUAACAUGCAUCCUUUGUCCUGAUCUUGUCCACAUUCUGAUUGUGCCCACAUUUUUAGACAGGUGUAGACGAUUAAAAUAAACAUUUUGAUCUGAUUGUGAUCAGAUCUUCCUGACUACCUCCGGAGGUAGUCAGGCACACAUUGUGCAGUGGGGUUCGCUGUAAUACUGGUGCUGGUCGUUUGUCUCAGAGGCCACUGAUUACUGUCGGAUUAAUUGCACAUCAUGCUCACAGCAGGGGUCCUGUUGACUCCCCGCUGAGGAGUAGUCAAUCUGAUUCACACUCUCUCACCCUGCACCUCGGCUGAGCAUUUGUGCUCAGUGUACUGUCAAGGCUUGUUUGUUUCCUGGAGCUUUGGUAGUCCCAUCGUGACGCUGGCGCGUUUUGGACUUCUAACCGCUUUUUAACAAUGUGUGUUUGAGCUACAGACUAUCUAUUUCUUCUGCAUCCACUGAUUUCAGUAGAAUGUGUGAUUAACAGGCUGAGCUAGAGCAGUGUUUGUGAGACAAGGGCGGAUCCCGAAAACGGUUCUUCUCACAAAAAUGUCUGUAAUUUCCGAACGGUUUGAGCUACAAACUAUUAUGACCCAUCUAUGAAAAGCUGAGACUCUCACAAACCGGUUUUCAGUGGUGGCAAAAGUACCAAGUUGUCAGACUUGAGUAAAAGUAAAGAUACCUUUGUAGAAAAUGACUUAAGUAAAAGUGAAAAAUUUCGCAUUCCUUUUUUAAGCAAACCAGACGGCACAAUUUGCUAUUUAAAUGUUGUUGUUUUUUACAGAUAGCUGGGGUACACUCCAACAAUGUGUUUAGUGAGUCCGCCAGAUCAGAGGCAGUAGGGAUGACCAGGGAUGUUCUUUUAAUAAGUGCAUGAAUUGGACCAUUUUCUGCCUAAACAUUCAAAAUGUAACGAGUACUUUUGGCUGUCAGGGAAAAUGUAUGGAGUAAAAAGUACAUUACUUUCUUUAGGAAUGUAGUGGAGUAAAAGUAAAAGUUGUCAAAAUAUAAAUUGUAAAGUACAGAUACCCCAAAACACUGCUUAAGUAGUACUUUAAAGUAUUUUUACUUAAGUACUUUACACCACUGCUGGUUGUUGUGGACUCGGCAGAGGCGAGUCCCCUACAACCGGAUGUUCCGGUUUUUAGGGGAAAUGGAAAGAGAGCCUCUAAUGAGACUUCCGCUUUUGUACAUUAACAAGGCGACACUCAAUCUUAACUCCUCUUCCACAUCUACUGGAUUGGUUGAACAGUGCAGCAGAGAACCUCCACUGACAGUUUUCUUUAUUCUCGUCAAGACCAGUAUUUAGGGGGAUCUAGUUUCAGGUGUUUAUUUUACAUCUGCUACGUUAGGUUAGGGGUUCUUCUACACAGUUAAAAUAUAAGCGCCCACUAUUUUACCUUUGACCUUUUUUGAAGAUCAUAGGAAAUCCCAGGACAGUAUCUAUAAAACUAUAAUAAGCUCACAUAGUUGCUGUCACAAACAUUUGUCGAUAAAACUCAUGAAUGCAGCUGUUUAUGUCGUCCAUCCAUCCGUCCCCCCCCAAAGAAAAAUAAAUAAAAAUAAAAUUAAUCUAUAUACUCGUAGCCCUGGUUGUCCUGAAAAGAAAAUGGCUAAAUAUGAGGGCAGAGCAAGCAAUGAAUGAAAGUAGUGAAUUUCACUGUGGGAUUUCCUGGGACUGAUAAGGUUAAAUGUUCCCACCAUUGCUUGUUUUGAAUAAUACAAAGCAGCAAUAUGGUAGUAUAGUAUAUUUCCUCUGUACAUAUUUUACUGCAAAGGCACGGGGUCUUAUAGUAUAUAGUGCAGUAUGAGAUUUGUGACAGAAUAAAUCCAUUUCAAAUCAACUUUCUCAUCCUCAGUCUCCACUGAACAAACUAAAGAAGAAGAACGUGGAGGAGCUUGAAGAGGAGACCCCAGAGAAAGAGGAGUUGGAUUGGUGGUCCAAGUACUACGCGUCACUGGACGAGCUUAGAAACCAGGUAUAUAGUGAGUGUUACCAAGCAAUGUUUUUAUACCAAGGGUGGGCUUGGUGUGCUGAAAUGUAAUCUCAACAGUGAGCUGCGGGCCAAAAAAAACAGACAACAUUGUUCAUAAUUACAUCAGAUGUUUCUGGAAGUCUCUGGUGGGCCAAACCAACAUUUGUUGUUUGGGGACCAGGUUUGUUGCUACUUUAUACAGCAUCAGAAUACAAUCAAAUCCCUCUUUUAAUUUGUUUUGCAAUACAUUUUUAAUUCACAAGAAAUGUCAGUAUUUGGUUUUGCUACAGUACUAUCAUAGAAUUGAAGCCAUUAAUGUUUCUCUGUUUUGAUGAUAGUGAGACACAUUUUUAUUAUUUCCAGACUGAGAACGAGGAGGACAUGGAUGAACAACAGGAAACAGGUAACUCCACACAGCUGAGAGUUGUUGUCUGUCUAAUACAGAUGUCUAUGGCUCGGUCUUAGUUAGAUGCAUAGGGGAAUGACAAUCAUCACAGACUAUUUGAUUGUUUAAAAUACCUGGGGUGAGUUUCCCAAAACCUCAUAGCUAAAAUGGAGAAUGCAACCAUUUUAAAAUCAAAAUAUUUGACUGUCAAUCUUAAUGAAAUCUUAUGUACUUUGCCGCUCUACCAGUGACGUAGGUGUCAUCAAGAAAAAUAGUACUACUUUACUUACGAAGCUUUUGGUAAAAUCACCCCAGAACUUUUUUAAUUAAAUAGUUAUAUUUAUCCUUUACUUUCUUAUUUGUGCCCUGUUCUUCAUAAUUUUUUUGGGACUCUAAUCUUUUAUACAAGAGUUGAAUAUAAUGACAUUCCCAGCAUGCAUUAAUGCAGUAAUGCAUCAGCCAUGUGUGCCAAGAGAUCCUUUCCCCAUCUCAGUGUGGAAAUCUGCACAUACUGUAUCUCAAUGAAGGCCUCAAUGCACAGAGCCAUUGUAAUCUCUCAGUUAAAAGUAAUGUUUAUUCAACAGAUGGUGGCACAUUAGAAGCAGAGGAGGAGGAUGCAGUGAUAGUGGAGAUAGAGCCACCGCCCAAACCGAAACGGAAAAAGAUAGCAACUCUCCAGGUGAGAAUUUGCAAAUAAUUUUCUCGGUGAGAAUUUGAUGAAGCCUGUACAGCACAUGUUAUACAGAAGUAAUGGCACUAUGGCAGGUGAACAAAAAGCCCCUUCUAGAGAUUGUUCACACAAAACAUAAACAUGUUAUGGCCACAGUAAUGUUAUGGUAAAACGAACGUUUUGGAAAUGUUAGAUUCCUACCACGGUAUAUCCACAGUUAAAUACAGUAAGGCUGUGGCCUGGGGUGGUCUCGCAGUAUGGAUGCCAAUGCUGGCGUAGAUUCAAAUCCGGUCCAUGCCCUUCUAGCACACCAUCCCUCCUCCUUACUUUCUUGUAUCUCCUCAUUGUGUCUGUCCAAUAUACUUGAAAAUGUGAGCAAAAAAUACAGUAAGGCGACAGGAAUAACCUGGGUGUUUUCUCAGCUCUAUAAAUCAGAACUGGAGGAUGGGUUUAGUGAAUUCAUGGAUUGGCUGCACACAUUCCCCAUCUACAAAGGCAAAGCCAUUGAGGAAGAGGAUGAGGAUGAAGAGGAGAGAAGCAUGGGGAAAUACAAGGUGAGUGAGAUAAGAACAAAUCAUUACUCUAGACCUAAAAGAGAAAUCUGUCUCCCUCAAUAAAUCAAAUCAGAUUGAUUUUUACUGUCAUAAGUGUCAAACCACUCUUCAGUACUGAGACAGUGUUAGUAAAAAAGUGUUUUUUGUUGCCACAGGGUUCCUUUUUGAUUUAUCCCAUCUCACCUGAGGAUGAACAUGCAGAGUGCCGGAUUACCAACGGAAUUCCCAAAAAUACACCCAUUAAAGUGCUAGUGCGGGUGUAUGUUGUGAAGGUAGGCUUAUAAGCUAGCAUGUUUUUGAUGCUUAUAUGUUUUCAAGAAAUGUGAAUUGAACUGAAUGUGAAAAACCUCUGCUCAACUUGUAAUAUGUUAAUACAAUGUUAUUACUCGAGUAAUAACAACCUUACUACAUAAGUAUAAGAGCAACUUAAUGAACAAUGUUACCAAUCUCCCCCAUGAUUUUCCAGGCCACCAACCUGGCCCCUACUGACCCCAAUGGAAAGGCAGAUCCCUAUGUGGUGGUGAAAGUUGGUGGACAGAGCAUGGGCAGCAAGGACCGCUAUAUUCCCAAACAGCUCAACCCAGUGUUUGGAGAGUGAGUGGUAACAGGAAGAAUUAUACAUAUUAAACUACCUAGUAUGAAUAUACAGAGUUAAACCAAACAUUAAACCAAUAACCAUUUUCAAGGAGUAUUGCAGAAACUAUCACUAUUUAACAAACACAUUAAAGGCCCAGCGUAGUCAAAUUCCGAUUCAUGUCCUCUUUGUACAAUAGCUGAAAAAUCUGUGAAAGUGUGACAAUAUGAUUAGUGUUAUUUUACGAUUGUUUCCGUUUGAAAAUACGAUCUACAGGUCCUUUUUUCAGCCGGUUCUGCAUGUAUAGAGUUUUUACAUGUUGCCUUCUCCUGUAGAGUGUUUGAGCUGACCGUGUCCUUCCCACUGGAGACGGAACUUACUCUGAUGGUGUUUGACCACGACUUGGUGGGCUCUGAUGACCUCAUCGGAGAGACGCGAAUUGACCUGGAGAACCGUUUCUACAGCCGUCACUACGCAGGCUGUGGCAUCGGCCUCUACUAUGACAAGUGUGUCUGAUAUUCCUGUCCAUACAGGACAUUACAUCUCAAUAAUGGCACAAGAUAUUACAGUGCAUCAGAAUGGCAUAACCUCAUCACUGGUCUUUGCAGCGUCAUUUUAGGCAGCUGUUUUCUGUGAUUGCAGAGACGGAUACAAUAAGUGGAGAGACGCCAAGAAACCAUCCGCCAUUCUGGCAGAGCUCUGCAGGAAAAAUGCGAUUCCCUCUCCGGAAUACCGUGAAUCGGAAAUCAAAGUUCUAAACAAGAUCUUCAAAGUGCCUGAUGAAGCGUUUCCUGAAGGUCUGUUUCCUUUAAGAUGUGGGUCGUUCUGUACGAAACUGAAACAAAAAAAGACCAUGGCCAGGAUUCAAUCAGAUCAGCGGUAACCCGGGUUAGCCGACAAACGCAUAGCUUUUCAUUGCUUUUGUUUUGGCGGUGUCGCAGGUGUAACUGCGUUGGAACUGUCAAAUCGGUGAGCAGCUGCUCUUGUGGUCAUUGUCAUGAAACCACACCCGUCCUUAUAUCCCACCUGUGUUAGAAGUUCAGAAGGAGAAAGUGUAGGCGAUAUAGAGAUAAUGAUACUAAAAUCAUUAGACAAAAUAAUAAGGAUUUAUAUCAUCCUAGUUGAGGUGUAGAUUACAGCUCACAUUCCAGUUUUCAAACUUGUAAUGAAAUGAACGUUAUAGAGUCUAGAUCCAAAUAUCAAAUAUACAGUGCAUACCAAAUAUCCUUGCUCCAGAGGGCAUUUUCAUUUAUUACAUUUCAGAAUGAUCCAAAAAGUAAUUGGCAUUUUUUAAAUUCCAGUUUCGUGUGGAGCAACGCAUAACUGAUUUACACAAAUGACAAUCAUGUGCUCAUAGACAAUAUUUGCAGCUGCAUUAUAAACAUGUUAAUAACUCAUCCAUAACAUGAACAAGUGGUGCUAUCAUAUUCCUGUUUCCUUUGUGUCCUCAGAGUUGCUGAAGAAGAACAAGAAGACAGAAGAGGAUCUGCAUGAGCUGGAUGAGCACAAGGCCCUGAGUGUGUUGCACCGGUGGGGGGAGAUGAGGGAGUUCUGCGAGGGAGCCUGUCCCCUUGUACCAGAGCACGUGGAGGUGCGCUCCCUCCUCAACUCUGAGAAACCAGGACUGCCUCAGGUGAGAGCACAUUUCUUACAACAAAUGCAGUUCAAAGUGCUUAACAACCAAUAAAAUAAAAGGUGAGAAAGAUAACAAACACAAUAUGUUUCUAUACAAAUAUAAAAUUAAGAUAGGCAAGAAUAAAAUUAAGAGACAAAUUAAAAUAGUAAAACAAUAGUAAAAUAAAUAAAUAAAAGGGGAUAAAGUAAACAAAAGACAAAUAAGAACACCUUUAGUAAAAGCACAGCUAAAGCGAAGCUUUUUUCUAAAAAAACUAUUUAACCGUUUCUGAAGCUCUCAAAAGCCUCAUUAGUCCAUGGGCCAGUGGGAAAAUGUGUCCACUUUGGGGGAUAAUCAAUGUGUGAAAUGUGGCUGGCUGGCCCAUGGACUAUCUGGCAGGCUGUUCCAAAGGUCAUGACCAGAGUGACUGAAGGCAGCCUCACCAAAAGUUUUUGUUCUAGCUUUGGAACAACAACAAAAAACAAUGUCAGGGGAUCUGAGGGACCGACCAGGCACAUACAGUGAGCUACAAAAGUAUUUACUGUUUGUUUUGUUUUUGUUUCAGAUAAUUUUUUGCCCAAUAGAAAGGAAUGGUAAAUGAUGUAUUGUGUCAUUUUAGAUUCACUUUUAUUGUAAAUAAGAAUAUAAUAUGUUUCUAAACACUUCUACAAUUAUGUGGAUGCUACCAUGAUUACGGAUAAUCCUGAAUGAAUCGUGGAUAAUGAUGAGUGAGAAAGUUACAGAUGCACAAAUAUCAUAUCCCCCAAGACAUGCUAACCUCCCCUGUUAUUGUAAUGAUGAGAGGUUAACAUGUCUUAGGGGUAUGAUAUUUGUGCGUCUGUAACUUUCUCGUUCAUUAUUCACGAUUCAUUCAGGAUUAUCCAUAAUCAUGGUAGCAUCCACCUAAUUGUAGAAGUGUUUAGAAACAUAUUCUAUUCUUAUUUACAAUAAAAGUGACUCCAAAAUGAGACAAUACAUCAUUUACCAUUCCUUUCUAUUCUCAGCUGACAGUUUGCACUUUAACCUCAUAGUAUUUGUAUCAUUUCAAAUCUAAAGUGCUGGAGUACAGAGCCAAAACAACAGAAAAUGUGUCACUGUCCCAAUACUUUUGGAGCUCACUGUAUCUUAAGCCUUGUUCACACUGGCAGAUUGAAGUGACUCAAAUCCUAUUUUGUUGCAUAUCUGAUUUGAAUCUGAUCUUUUUCCUGCAGUAUGAACAGCCAAAACACACAUGGAAUCAGAUAUUUCAAGCCACAUUUUAAACUACCUUCAUAGGUGGUUUGAAAUCAAAUACAAGUCUGAUUCCUGGCAAUGUGACUUGUCUGAACUGUAAAAUCUGAUUGACUGAUUGAUUAAAAAAAAAUCUUCACUGUUAUUUGGCAUACAGUGAAGGAAAAAACGUAUUUGACCCCCUGCUGAUGUUGUACGUUUGCCCACUGACAAAAUAAAUGAUCAGUCUAUAAUUUUAAUGGUAGGUUUACAGUGGGGGAAAAAAUUAUUUAGUCAGCCACCAAUUGUGCAACUUCUCCCACUUAAAAAGAUGAGAGAGGCCUGUAAUUUUCAUCAUAGGUCAACUAUGACAGACAAAAUGAGAAAAAAAAAUCCUGAAAAUCACAUUGUAGGAUUUUUAAUUAAUUUAUAUGCAAAUUAUGGUGGAAAAUAAGUAUUUGGUCAAUAACAAAAGUUUCUCUAUACUUUGUUAUAUACCCUUUGUUGGCAAUGACACAGGUCAAACGUUUUCUGUAAGUCUUCACAAGGUUUUCACACACUGUUGCUGGUAUUUUGGCCCAUUCCUCCAUGCAGAUCUCCUCUAGAGCAGUGAUGUUUUGGGGCUGUCGCUGGGCAACACGGACUUUCAACUCCCUCCAAAGAUUUUCUAUGGGGUUGAGAUCUAGAGACUGGCUAGGCCACUCCAGGACCUUGAAAUGCUUCUUACGAAGCCACUCCUUCGUUGCCCGGGCGGUGUGUUUGGGAUCAUUGUCAUGCUGAAAGACCCAGCCACGUUUCAUCUUCAAUGCCCUUGCUGAUGGAAGGAGAUUUUCACUCAAAAUCUCACGAUACAUGGCCCCAUUCAUUCUUUCCUUUACACGGAUCAGUCGUCCUGGUCCCUUUGCAGAAAAACAGCCCCAAAGCAUGAUGUUUCCACCCCCAUGCUUCACAGUAGGUAUGGUGUUCUUUGGAUGCAACUCAGCAUUCUUUGUCCUCCAAACACGACGAGUUGAGUUUUUACCAAAAAGUUCUAUUUUGGUUUCAUCUGACCAUAUGACAUUCUCCCAAUCCUCUUCUGGAUCAUCCAAAUGCACUCUAGCAAACUUCAGACGGGCCUGGACAUGUACUGGCUUAAGCAGGGGGACACGUCUGGCACUGCAGGAUUUGAGUCCCUGGCGGCGUAGUGUGUUACUGAUGGUAGGCUUUGUUACUUUGGUCCCAGCUCUCUGCAGGUCAUUCACUAGGUACCCCCGUGUGGUUCUGGGAUUUUUGCUUGUGAUCAUUUUGACCCCACGGGGUGAGAUCUUGCGUGGAGCCCCAGAUCGAGGGAGAUUAUCAGUGGUCUUGUAUGUCUUCCAUUUCCUAAUAAUUGCUCCCACAGUUGAUUUCUUCAAACCAAGCUGCUUACCUAUUGCAGAUUCAGUCUUCCCAGCCUGGUGCAGGUCUACAAUUUUGAUUCUGGUGUCCUUUGACAGCUCUUUGGUCUUGGCCAUAGUGGAGUUUGGAGUGUGACUGUUUGAGGUUGUGGACAGGUGUCUUUUAUACUGAUAACAAGUUCAAACAGUUGCCAUUAAUACAGGUAACGAGUUGAGGACAGAGGAGCCUCUUAAAGAAGUUGUUACAGGUCUGUGAGAGCCAGAAAUCUUGCUUGUUUGUAGGUGACCAAAUACUUAUUUUCCACCAUAAUUUGCAAAUAAAUUCAUAAAAAAUCAUACAAUGUGAUUUUCUGGAGAAAAAAAAUCUCAAUUUGUCUGUCAUAGUUGACGUGUACCUAUGAUGAAAAUUACAGGCCUCUCUCAUCUUUUUAAGUGGGAGAACUUGCACAAUUGGUGGCUGACUAAAUACUUUUUUCCUCCACUGUAUUUGAACAGUGAGAGACAGAAUAACAACAAAAAGAUCCAGAAAAAUGCAUGUAACAUUUUUUAUAAGUUGAUUUCCAUUUUAAUGAGGGAAAUAAGUAUUUGACCCCUCUGCAAAACAUGACUUAGUACUUGGUGGCAAAACCCUUGUUGGCAAUCAGAGGUCAGACGUUUCUUGUAGUUGGGCACCAGGUUUGCACACAUCUCAGGAGGGAUUUUGUCCCACUCCUCUUUGCAGAUCUUCUCCAAGUCAUUAAGGUUUCGAGGCUGACGUUUGGCAACUCGAACCUUCAGCUCCCUCCACAGAUUUUCUAUGGGAUUAAGGUCUGGAGACUGGCUUAAAAAAUAUAUAUAAAUAUUUAUUUCACCUUUAUUUAACCAGGUAAGCCAGUUGAGAACAAGUUCUCAUUUACAACUGCGACCUGGCCAAGAUAAAGCAAAGCAGUGCAAUAAAAACAACAACACAGAGUUACAUAUGGGGUAAACAAAACAUAAAGUCAAAAAAUACAACAAAAAAAUAUAUAUACAGUGUGUGCAAAUGUAGCAAGUUAUGGAGGUAAGGCAAUAAAUAGGCUAUAGUGCAAAAUAAUUACAAUUAGUAUUAACACUGGAAUGAUAGAUGUGCAAGAGAUGAUGUGCAAAUAAAGAUACUGGGGUGCAAAUGAGCAAAAUAAAUAACAAUAUGGGGAUGAGGUAGUUGGGUGGGCUAAUUUCAGAUGGGCUGUGUACAGGUGCAGUGAUCGGUAAGGUGCUCUGACAACUGAUGCUUAAAGUUAGUGAGGGAGAUAAGAGUCUCCAGCUUCAGAGAUUUUUGCAAUUCGUUCCAGUCAUUGGCAGCAGAGAACUGGAAGGAAUGGCGGCCAAAGGAGGUGUUGGCUUUGGGGAUGACCAGUGAGAUAUACCUGCUGGAGUGCAUACUACGGGUGGGUGUUGCUAUGGUGACCAAUGAGCUAAGAUAAGGCGGGGAUUUGCCUAGCAGUGAUUUAUAGAUAGCCUGGAGCCAGUGGGUUUGGCGACGAAUAUGUAGUGAGGACCAGCCAACAAGAGCGUACAGGUCACAGUGGUGGGUAGUACAUGGGGCUUUGGUGACAAAACGGAUGGCACUGUGAUAGACUACAUCCAAUUUGCUGAGUCGAGUGUUGGAGGCUAUUUUGUAAAUGACAUCGCCGAAGUCAAGGAUCGGUAGGAUAGUCAGUUUUACGAGGGCAUGUUUGGCAGCAUGAGUGAAGGAGGCUUUGUUGCGAAACAGGAAGCCGAUUCUAGAUUUAACUUUGGAUUGGAGAUUCUUAAUGUGAGUCUGGAAGGAGAGUUUACAGUCUAAUCAGACACCUAGGUAUUUGUAGUUGUCCACAUACUCUAGGUCAGACCCGUCGAGAGUAGUGAUUCUAGUCGGGUGGGCGGGUGCCAGCAGCGUUCGAUUGAAGAGCAUGCAUUUAGUUUUACUAGUGUUUAAGAGCAGUUGGAGGCUACUGAAGGAGUGUUGUAUGGCAUUGAAGCUCGUUUGGAGGUUUGUUAACACAGUGUCCAAUGAAGGGCCAGAUGUAUACAAAAUGGUGUCAUCUGCGUAGAGGUGGAUCUAAGAGUCACCAGCAGCAAGAGCGAAAUCAUUGAUAUACACAGAGAAAAGAGUCGGCCCAAUAAUUGAACCCUGUGGCACCCCCAUAGAGACUGCCAUAGGUCCAGACAACAGGCCCUCCGAUUUGACACAUUGAACUCUAUCUGAGAAGUAGUUGGUGAACCAGGCGAGGCAGUCAUUUGAGAAACCAAGGCUAUUUAGUCUGCCAAUAAGAAUGCGGUGGUUGACAGAGUCGAAAGCCUUGGCCAGGUCGAUGAAGACGGCUGCAUAGUACUGUCUAUUAUCGAUCGCAGUUAUAAUAUCGUUUAGGACCUUGAGCGUGGCUGACGUGUUACCCAUGACCAGCUCGGAAACCGGAUUGCAUAGCGGAGAAGGUACGGUUGGAAAAUCUGUUUGUUAACUUGGCUUUCAAAAACUUUCGAAAGGCAGGGCAGGAUGGAUAUAGGUCUGUAACAGUUUGGAUCUAGAGUGUCACCCCCUUUGAAGAGGGGGAUGACCAUGGCAGCUUUCCAAUUUAUGGUGAUCUCAGACAUUACGAAAGAGAGGUUGAACAGGCUAGUAAUAGGGGUUGCGACAAUUUCGGCGGCUAGUUUUAGAAAGAAAGGGUCCACAUUGUCUAGCCCAGAUGAUUUGUAGGGGUCCAGAUUUUGCAGCUCUUUCAGAACAUCAGCUGUCUGAAUACACCCCCAAAGCAUAAUGUUUCCACCUCCAUGUUUGACGGUGGGGAUGGUGUUCUUGGGGUCAUAGGCAGCAUUCCUCCUCCUCCAAACACGGCGAGUUGAGUUGAUGCCAAAGAGCUCCAUUUUGGUCUCAUCUGACCACAACACUUUCACCCAGUUCUCCUCUGAAUCAUUCAGAUGUUCAUUGACAAACUUCAGACGGGCAUGUAUAUGUGCUUUCUUGAGCAGGGGGACCUUGCGGGUGCUGCAGGAUUUCAGUCCUUCACGGCGUAGUGUGUUACCAAUUGUUUUCUUGGUGACUAUGGUCCCAGCUGCCUUGAGAUCAUUGACAAGAUCCUCCCGUGUAGUUCUGGGCUGAUUCCUCACCGUUCUCAUGGUCAUUGCAACUCCACGAGGUGAGAUCUUGCAUGGAGCCCCAGGCCGAGGGAGAUUCACAGUUAUUUUGUGUUUCUUCCAUUUGUGAAUAAUCGCACCAACUGUUGUCACUUUCUCAUCAAGCUGCUUGGCGAUGGUCUUGUAGCCCAUUCCAGCCUUGUGUAGGUCUACAAUCUUGUCCCUGACAUCCUUGGAGAGCUCUUUGGUCUUGGCCAUGGUGGAGAGUUUGGAAUCUGAUUGACUGAUUGCUUCUGUGGACAGGUGUCUUUUAUACAGGUAACAAACUGAGAUUAGGAGCACUCCCUUUAAGAGUGUGCUCCUAAUCUCAGCUCGUUACCUGUAUAAAAGACACCUGGGAGCCAGAAAUCUUUCGGAUUGAGAGGGGAUCAAAUACUUAUUUCCCUCAUUAAAAUGCAAAUCAAUUUAUAAAAAUUUUACAUGCGUUUUUCUGGAUUUUUUAGUUGUUAUUCUGUUUCUCACUGUUCAAAUAAACCUACCAUUAAAAUUAUAGACUGAUCAUUUCUUUGUCAGUGUGCAAACGUACAAAAUCAGCAGGGGAUCAAAUACUUUUUUCCCUCACUGUAUCUUGUCACUCUGUUGACAGUUUGACAAGAACAUGUGGUAGCUAACUAGCUUGUUAAUUGUUUACAAACAAAUUAGUGAAUGUUCUAGCAAGCUAAACAGCUAGCUUUAAAAGUGAUCUUAAGGCCUUUGCAGACUGUAUGUCGGAUUCAGUAUUUUACGAAUAUCACGUCACACUGUGCAAUGUUACCAAAUAAAUAUCUUGCUAUCAACCUGGCCAGAUUGUACGAUUUACUUCAGUUAUGUCGUCACAUCCUGCAAUUGGUUUGCAAGGCUACGUCAGCCAACGCAGGCUACGUCAACUGUGGUAGUGUUUUUGAUCUGCGCAUGUCCCAGCAGCGCAAGCCUCACUCUAUGCUUAUGCGCUAGUGAAGUGAGUUUGGAAAAACUUUAAGUAUGCAUCUUAGAAAUACUUUUCACAUACAAACUUUAUAUAUGUCUGAACUCAGAUUCAAAUAGGCUUCCCCAAAAUAACAUGGUCGCUGUGGUAGAACGUUUAUUUUGAGUGCCGAUUUUGUGCAUUCAUCAAAAUCCCAUCAGGGAGCCUGAUUUCAAGAUGUGUCAUGUAAACAAGAUUGUUAGGGAAAUCGUUCUUCUUGCACAGCAUGUUAGCUAAACAUUUAAAUCAAACUAUUAUAUUAAUCGGACUAUUCCUAAUAAUCAUAUUAUUGUGCGCAUACUCAGUGCCGGCCGUGUUCCUGUUGGUCAGUCACUGGGAUCGGCUCGUAACACCAGCCACACACUACAGGAUCAAGGCAAAACAAAUCGGACACGUAGCGGUACUUCAUCGGCAGACCUAGACCCUGUCACACUGAACGAGCCAAGACGUUACGACCUAAGAAUUUGCCCACGACGUGGACAUCUUGGUUGGGGCGGCAAAAUUGUGACAUAAAAUAGUACAGUCUGCAAAGGCCUUUACACUAUGAUUUAGAACAACUUCCAUGGCAGGCAUUGUUGUCACCUUAGCUUGCUACACAACAACUUCUGAGUGAGAAGAAGCACGAGCACCACCAUCAAUCAGUCUACACCACUGCACACACACCGCCAUUACCAUGACAUGUAGCGUAGCCACGUCUGCAAAUUACUACAGUCUGAACACACACACAUCCGAUUUGGUCACUUGUAACUUACUGUUAGGACAGUCAUUAUUAUAAAAUGGAUUUUAAAAACAAAACUGAUUUGAGCAUUAAGGCCUGCAGUGAAAACAAGGCUUUAAAAGCAUGUCAGACAUGUAUUCAAAUACAUAAUCUUUAAACAAAGUGCUAGUGUGCUUUCCUCCCACGUAAAGUGAAAAUUGCAAUGCAAAUAAGCCUUGUCUGGGAAUUGUGUGACUGAAAUAAACUACUUUUAAGAACUCUGUAUACGGCUGCCUUGCUUGGGCUCUUCACCUCUGCUCCUUGAUAAGCCACAUGUCACGUGACCAGAUCAAGGAGGCGGUUACAAAGUGCUCAAAAGUUGUUUAUUUAGGAUUUUUGAGAAAUGACACCCCAGUGCUUGGACAGAAAAGUUUGUCAGCACUCUAGCAACAUUGUAUUUAUUUAACCUUUAUUUAACCAGGAAAAACCCUUGAGGUUAGAAACCUCUUUUGCGAGGGAGACCUGGCAAGAGGUCAGCAGGAAGUAGUCAGUGUGUACAUAACACAAGAGCAAAAUACAAUAUAUGGUCAACAACAUUUUCUUCUAUCAGAGCUUUAAAUUCAGCAAGCGAUACCCUCUCCUCCAGUUUUAAAGUAUUUUGCAGAUCGUUCCAAGACCAAGGAGCAAUAUAGGAAAAUAAUAUUUUUCACAUAUUUAGUCUUGGCCUUAGGAACAGUGAAAGAUAGUAGUAGCUGAGAACAGAGACUAUAAGUUUGUGAUGACCUUAUUAUUAAGGAGCACAGAUAAGUAGGCAGUAGUCCUUCUCGUAGGAAGGGAGGGCCACUUCACCAUAUCGGAUAGAUCAGAGUGAUGGGUGAGUGGUCUUGCAUUUGUUAUAAAUGUAUCUUAAGGGUGAAUCCAGUCCCAAAACAAAAUUCCUCUAUGGGGCGUCACACUCAGUGCUUCAGGGUGCCCGGGAGGCAUGAACCUUUUCCUGCAGUGGGCUAAAUCAGGGUCACACAGAGUGUUUCUUGGUAGUCUUAAACACAUCUACUUUGAAACAAAAGUAUACACCUCACACACAUGGUUAUGGGAUUAAAAAAUGACACCUGUACUAUGUCAGAUAUGGAGUUGAAAUGUAUUGAAUUUUGAGUUUGCAUCCCAAUAUUACACUUAAUAUACAUCACAGAAGACUGAAAUAUAACGAAACAGUUUGACAUAGAAACACUGGAUUUUCAGCGUUACAUUUGUAAAAAUGUUUAUUAAUUAUGUAUGUAUAUGAAAAAGAUUAAUACAAUUCCACCCAUGAGGCCACUAGGUCAUUUGGCUGCAGGAAAGGGCUACAAAAGCUGCCCUUGAUGGCCUGGACAAGUGUUAGUGAAUGACCUGAUUUGUGUUUAAUGUAACCACACAUUUUAGACAUGGAGAUGUUGGUGUUCCAGGGAUUACCCCGGAACACUUUGGUUUAGGAAGCAUUUUCUUUCACUAGUCCUUGUCCUGACUGCUCUGUGCCCGGUGCUUUCAGGGCUACGCUCACAUGUGGAUCGAUAUGUUUCCUAUGGACGUACCAGCACCUCCACCUAUCGAUAUCAAACCCCGGCUGCCUAUAAGGUAAUCCAGACUGAUCCAAAAUGUAUCUUUGAGUGUUCAAAGAUACAUUUUACAGUGUCCGUGAGGCACCAUGUCAUACUACUACAUACUAGGAUCCACAUCCUAAAGAUAUAACGCCGCAACAUUCGCUUUUCUCUCUCACUAAAGCUAUGAGUUGCGCGUGAUCAUAUGGAAUACUGAUGAUGUUGUCCUGGAUGAUGUCAACCCCUUCACUGGAAAUCCAUCCAGUGAUAUAUACAUGAAAGGGUCAGUAAAAACCACACACACACACACACACACAGAACAACCUGGUAAACCAAAUGGAGGAAUUCUUUUGUAAGUCAAUUCGGUGAUGAAAUGCCAGAUGUAACAAUGGGGCCAUUUGAGUUGUGCUUACCAGAUGUGCCUCUCAGAUGUACAGUAACUGGAUUCUGAUUAUAUGGAUGAUAUAUAAAGAUUAGUUGUAGACAGAUGUUGUGUGAAUUGACGUUGAAUUGUUUGUCACUCUGAACACAGCUGGAUUAAAGGCUUAGAUGGGAACAAACAGGAGACUGAUGUCCACUUCAACUCCUUGACUGGGGAGGGGAACUUCAACUGGCGUUUUGUCUUCCGGUUCAACUACCUCCCCACAGAGAAAGAGAUCACCUAUACGAAAAAGGAGUCAAUCUUCUCUCUGGAGGAAUCUGAGUUCCGCCAGCCUGCUGUUCUUGUGCUUCAGGUCUGGGACUAUGACCUCAUCGCUGCAAACGACUUCCUGGGUGAGAGGUCACGAUGAGUUUGUAUCUUUGUGGUUCUGUUGUCCUGUGUGGCUCAGUCGGUAGAGCAUGGCGCUUGCUACGCCAAGUGUUGAGGGUUUGAUUACGCUGGGGCCAACCAUACGUAUAAUUUAUGCAGGCAUGGCUGUAAGUCGCUUUGGGUAAAAGUGCCUGCUAAAUGGCAUAUAUUAUUGUAUCUAAGUAUAGUAUAGAAUUGUAAGUAUUAAAUUAUUUAGAUUUUUUGUUUUUUCCUCUUAUAGGUUCUCAGCUCAGAUUGGCUAAGAAAACAAUACCAGAACUACUGAUGAAUGUAACGACUACUAGUAAACAAAAACUAUAAAUUAGCACUUCAUUUUUGUAUAGAUUUUUUAAAACCUUUAUUUCAACAGGGAGUCCCAUUAAGACCAAGGUCUUUUUCACAAGGGAGCAUUUUACAAUUUUACACCUUUUACAAAAUACAGGAAAAAACAAAAAUACAGACGCACUCAAGAAAAACAUUUCUUAAAAAAGAGGUCCUCGAUCAACAUUUUGAUUUGCCCGAGAGGCACCAAUGUAUCCAGUUUAAAUUAUUAAUUGGCCCAGGCACCAACGUAUCCACUUAAAGUAUUUACUGGCCCAGGCACCAACGUAUCCACUUAAAGUAUUUACUGGCCCAGGUCUUUUCAUGAAGACUUAAUCAAGUAUUUUCCACUUCUAAUGAAGUAGAACAAAUGUAAAUAUGAAGAGUUAAUGGUGCUGUUGACAAAACUAAAUCAAACACAAUCCUUUAUCUAGUGUAUGUUUUUCAUAAUAUAUAAUGAUUUGUUUCUAGAUUGUUUAGUAGAAUUCAACACUGUAUAUCCCUACAAGUAAACAUAUACUAAUAGAGAAAUGAAGGCAAAGGCUGCUACAGGUUCAGAUCUUAGUCGUGAGUGUUGGCAUGAGCGAGUGUUGGCAUGAUAAACAUUGGUCUAUAUUCAUACUGUCCAAGCAGAAAUUCAUAAAUAGUCAUACAAAAAAAUUACUUUAAAGUGACAGUUUCCUGGCAUCUUAACCAUCUUCUUACCUCAGAAGGACACCACAAACGAUUUAUCACAGCAAUCAACAAAUUUAUUUAAUUACCACAGUUUGUCAUGUUAGCAUAAUGGGACCAGUUGAAAGUUGUAGCCGGUACGUCACCUUUUUGGAGAGGUGAUCGGUCCUUUGAUAAUUACGUUAAGAUCUGAAAUACUAUAAAGCACACAGGUUCUUUACCAACAGGGGUAGAACAUGGAAAUAACAAGCACACAACGAGAUUGCAAUAGAAGUCAUUUUAUUUUCUGCAGCAGCAAUUAAUAGUUUUAGGAUCAGCUUUGUAUUCAAUAAAUUCGUAGUUUCACACAUCAAUAAUUAACAUCGGAGUGCUCCGCAUAUAAGUAUAAAUAACUAAAUCUUCAGAGCUGUCACACGUACAAUUACUCUAUCACCAUAAUUAACUUGAUACACAUGCACACAAUAUUACGAUUAUUGUGAAUAGUCAGAUUAAUAUAAUAGUUAUAUUUCAUUGUUUACAUGCUUUGUAAGAAGAAUGAAUUUUCUAAUAAUCCUGUUUACAUGGACACAUCUGAAAUCAGGCUACCUGAUGGGACAUCCUCGGGUACCCCGUAAAGCCGGAAGACGUGAGUGAAUAGUGCCUCAGUGGUCUGUAGGGAAGUAGGGAGACCCGGCAUGGGAAGGAGACGACAGGCCUUCGAGAACCGAUCCACAACGACCAGGAUGGUGGUAUUCCCCUGGGAGGGGGGAAGGUCUGUAACAAAAUCCACCGAGAGGUGAGACCAGGGUCGUUGUGGAACGGGCAGGGGUUGUAACUUACCCCGGGGCAGGUGUCUGGGUGCCUUACACUGGGCACACAACGAGCAGGAGGAAACAUAAACCCUCACAUCCCUGGCUAACGUUGGCCACCAGUAUUUAGUGCUAAGGCAGUGCACUGUCCGGCCAAUACCUGGAUGUCCAGAGGAGGGUGACGUGUGAGCCCAAUAAAUAAGUCGAUCCCGAACCUCGAACGGAACGUACGUCCGACCCACAGGACACUGGGGAGGACUAGGAUCGGUACGCAACGCCCGCUCGAUUUCGGAAUCGACUUCCCACACCACUGGUGCCACCAGACAAGGCGGUAGUAUGGGUGUGGGCUCAACGGACCUCUCCUCCGUGUCAUACUGCCGGGACAGGGCGUCUGCCUUACUGUUCUGGGACCCAGGGAUGUACGUGAUCUUAAAUACGAACCGGGCCUGAAACAUGUUCCACCGAGCCUGGUGAGGAUUCAGUCUCCUAGCUGCCCGGAUGUACUCCAGGUUCCGGUGGUCAGUCAAAAUGAGGAAAGGGUGUUGCCAAUGCCUCCACACCUUUAGGGCCUGUACCACGGCUAGCAGCUCCCUGUCCCCUACGUCAUAAUUUCGCUCCGCCGGGCUGAGCUUUUUAGAGUAAAAGGCACAGGGACGGAGUUUAGGUGCCGUGCCAGACCGUUGCGAGAGCACGGCCCCUAUACCGGCCUCAGACGCGUCCACCUCGACCUGGAAUGGUAGCGCGGGAUCCGGAUGCGCCAGCACCGGAGCCGAAGUAAACAGGUCCUUCAGUCUCCCAAAAGCCCUAUCAGCCUCAGCAGACCACUGCAAGCGCACCGGACCCCCCUUAAGAAGGGACGUUAUGGGAGCUGCCACCUGUCCAAAACCCCGGAUAAACCUCCUGUAGUAAUUCGCAAAGCCCAAGAACCGCUGCACCUCUUUAACUGUGGUUGGGGUUUGCCAAUUACGCACGGCAGACACACGGUCAACCUCCAUCUUCACCCCUGACGCAGACAACUGAUAACCCAAAAAGGAGACAGACUCCUGGAAAAACAGACAUUUCUCUGCCUUGACAUAUAGGUCAUGCUCCAACAACCUCCUCAACACUCGGCGCACCAGGGCUACAUGCUCGGCUCGGGUAGAAGAGUACACCAGAAUGUCGUCAAUGUACACGACCACUCCUUGCCCAUGCAUAUCCCCUGUCUAUGUGGUGGCAAUUGCGUCGCCCUCGCCUUGCUAAACACAAGUGCUAAAUCCUCAUACUCGGGGGGAACGUGCAUUGCAGGCACUUGGUUUGGACUCUCCACCGAGGUUGCCCCCACGGAAACACCCAGACAUCGCCCCACACACUGGGCAGACCACUCCUUAAGAGCCCUCUGUUGCCACGAAAUAGAGUGAUUAUGGGUAAUCAACCAGGGAAGCCCCAGCACCACCGGAUACGCAGGAGAGUCGAUAAGAUAUAGCUGAAUAGUCUCCUCAUGACCCUCCUGCGUCCCCAUCCUAAGUGGCGCUGUGACCUCCCUAAUCAACCCCGAUCCCAACGGACGGCUAUCUAGAGCAUGUACAGGGAAAGGAUUGUUGACAGGAAGGAGAGGAAUCCCUAACUGUACACAAAAUUUCCGAUCUACAAAAUUCCCGGCUGCGCCUGAAUCUACUAGCGCCUUAUGCUGGGAACGAGGUGCAACCUGUGGAAAACAAACAGGUAUGGUUAGGUGCACAACAGAGAGCUCUGGGUAAGUGGGGCGCCUACUCACCUAGAAGGACUCCCCAGUGCGUGGCCUGCCGUCUCGUCCCCUUGGAGACCCCCCCCAGCACCUAGCCGCAGUGUGUCCUCCACGGCCACAGUUGGUACAGGGGGUGGCCCCCUUUGGACUCCUUCUCCUCUCCUCUCUAGCGCCAGCACCCCCGAGCUCCAUAGGACUCGGCUCGGAGGUGCUGGAGGGUGGAAUGGACGACCCCCACUCAGGACGUCCGCGGGUAGCCAGCAGGGUGUCGAGACGAAUGGCCAUGUCCACCAACUGGUCAAACGUAAGGGUGGUGUCCCUGCAAGCCAACUCACGACGGACGUCCUCCCGUAGGCUGCAUCGGAAGUGGUCUAUGAGGGCCCGCUCAUUCCACCCUGCAUCUGCCGCUAGAGUCCGGAACUCUAGUGCAAACUCCUGGGCGCUCCUCCUCCCCUGUCGGAGGUAGAAUAGACGCUCUCCCGCCGCUUUCCCCUCAGGUGGAUGGUCGAACACAGCCCUGAAGCGACGGGAGAACUCCGCAUAGGUGAUCGUCGCGGCGUCUAUCCUCCUCCAUUCGGCGUUGGCCCAUUCCAACGCCUUGCCGGUGAGACAGGAGAUGAGGGCGGAAACGCUCUCGUGUCCCGAGGGCGCCGGGUGUACGGUGGCUAGGUAGAGUUCUACUUGUAGGAGAAAACCCUGACACCCGGCAGCGGUGCCAUCAUACGCCCUCGGGAGCGAGAGCCGAAUCCCACUGGGUUCCGGAGCUUGGACGAACGGACUGACCGGUGAUGGUGGUAAGGUAGGAGGAGGCGCGGGUACCCAACUGGUCUCCAGUCGAUGCAGGGUAUUCAUCACUCCCUGCAGAGCGGUUGUGAUUUGGGCUAUCCUGUCAUCCUGUCCGCGGACGCGCUCCUCCCAUGACUCGGUCGCUGCUGCUGCUCCUGCUGAUUCCAUGAAAGGUUUGUAGUUCUGUCAGAAGGCGUGGAUGUGGUGUAGGAAUCAAUCGCAGGACACAGAGGCUUAGUCCAAAAGUCUUUAGUAAAGACAAAAUGACACGGCUACAAAAAAGAGCCGGAGGCACGAGAAAAUUACGCACACUGCGUAAACGAGCUAAAUGCACCAAACGCGCACAACAAGUGCGGACUCUCUAUACACAAAACAAAUAGAGAAAAAAUGUACUGACUGCUCCAGCUGACAAAAGAACAACUACACACAAACACAUGACAGAAACAACGAGAACUUAAAGGACACAUAAUCAACACUAAACGAGAACAGGUGUACCAAACAGACCAAACCAAACAAACAUCGAAAACAAAGAACGGUGGCAGCUAGUACUCCGGAGACGACGACCGCCGAAGCCUGCCCGAACAAGGAGAAGGAGCAGCCUCGGCCGAAACCGUGACAGGGACUUUGAUAAAUGCAGAAUAACAAAAUAAACGUUCCACCAAGCUGUGAAGCCUAGUUGAUUCUGAGUUCGGACAUUUGUAUUUAUUAAGGAUACUCUUCCUGGGGUCCAGCAACAUUAAGGCAGUUAUAUACAAUUACAAAUAUUACAUGACAUUACAUUUCAUAACACUUUUCACAACACAUUAAGUGUGUGCACUCAGGCCACUACUCUACUACCACAUAUCUACAAUACAAAAUCUGUGUGUGUAGAGUGCGUGUGUUAGCAUGUGUAUGUGUGUGUCUGUGCCUGUGUGUGUCUCUCUUCACAGUCCCCGCUGUUCCAUAAGGUGUAUUUUUAUCAGUUUUUUAAAUCUGAUUCUACUGCUUGCAUCAAUUACUUGAUGUGGAAUAGAGUUCCAUGUAGUCAUGGCUCUAUGUAGUACUGUGCGCAUCCCAUACUCUGUUCUGGACUUGGGCAUUGUGAAGAGACCACUGGUGGCAUGUCUUGUGGGGUAUGCAUGGGUGUCCGAGCUGUGUGCUAGUAGUUUAAACAGACAGCUCGUUGCAUUCAGCAUGUCAAUACUUCUUUAAAAAUAAGUAGUGAUGAAGUCAAUCUCCUCUACUUUGAGCCAUGAGAGAUUGACAUUAAUGUUAGCUCUCCGUGUACAUUUAAGGGCCAGCCGUGCUGAAAUUUUUCCUAAGUCCAUCUUUGUGGCACCUGACCACACGACUGGACAGUAGUCCAGGUGUGCAAAACUACGGCCUGUAGGACCUAACUUGUUGAUAGUGUUGUUAAGAAGGCAGAGCAGCGCGUUAUUAUGGACAGACUUCUCCCCAUCUUAGUAACUGUUGCAUCAAUAUGUUUUGACCAUGACAGUUUACAAUCCAGGGUUACUCCAAGCAGUUUAGUCACCUCAACUUGCUCAAAUUCCACAUUAUUAAUUACAAGAUUUGGUUGAGGUUUAGGGUUUAGUGAAUGAUUUGUCCCAAAUACAAUGCUUUUAGUUUUUGAAAUAUUUAGGACUAACUUAUUUCUUGCCACCCAUUCUGAAACUGACUGCAGCUCUUUGUUAGGUGUUGCAGUGAAUUCACUCGCUGUAGUAACUGACGUGUAUCGUGUUGAGUCAUCCACAUACAGUGGGGAAAAAAAGUAUUUAGUCAGCCACCAAUUGUGCAAGUUCUCCCACUUAAAAAGAUGAGAGAUGCCUGUAAUUUCCAUCAUAGGUACACGUCAACUAUGACAGACAAAUUGAGAAAAAAAAUCCAGAAGAUCACAUUGUAGGAUUUUUAAUGAAUUUAUUUGCAAAUUAUGGUGGAAAAUAAGUAUUUGGUCACCUACAAACAAGCAAGAUUUCUGGCUCUCACAGACCUGUAACUUCUUCUUUAAGAGGCUCCUCUGUCCUCCACUCGUUACCUGUAUUAAUGGCACCUGUUUGAACUUGUUAUCAGUAUAAAAGACACCUGUCCACAACCUCAAACAGUCACACUCCAAACUCCACUAUGGCCAAGACCAAAGAGCUGUCAAAGGACACCAGAAACAAAAUUGUAGACCUGCACCAGGCUGGGAAGACUGAAUCUGCAAUAGGUAAGCAGCUUGGUUUGAAGAAAUCAACUGUGGGAGCAAUUAUUAGGAAAUGGAAGACAUACAAGACCACUGAUAAUCUCCCUCGAUCUGGGGCUCCACGCAAGAUCUCACCCCGUGGGGUCAAAAUGAUCACAAGAACGGUGAGCAAAAAUCCCAGAACCACACGGGGGGACCUAGUGAAUGACCUGCAGAGAGCUGGGACCAAAGUAACAAAGCCUACCAUCAGUAACACACUACACCGCCAGGGACUCAAAUCCUGCAGUGCCAGACGUGUCCCCUUGCUUAAGCCAGUACAUGUCCAGGCCCGUCUGAAGUUUGCUAGAGUGCAUUUGGAUGAUCCAGAAGAGGAUUGGGAGAAUGUCAUAUGGUCAGAUGAAACCAAAAUAGAACUUUUUGGUUAAAACUCAACUCUUCGUGUUUGGAGGACAAAGAAUGCUGAGUUGCAUCCAAAGAACACCAUACCUACUGUGAAGCAUGGGGGUGGAAACAUCAUGCUUUGGGGCUGUUUUUCUGCAAAGGGACCAGGACGACUGAUCCGUGUAAAGGAAAGAAUGAAUGGGGCCAUGUAUCGUGAGAUUUUGAAUGAAAACCUCCUUCCAUCAGCAAGGGCAUUGAAGAUGAAACGUGGCUGGGUAUUUCAGCAUGACAAUGAUCCCAAACACACCGCCCGGGCAACGAAGGAGUGGCUUCGUAAGAAGCAUUUCAAGGUCCUGGAGUGGCCUAGCCAGUCUCCAGGUCUCAACCCCAUAGAAAAUAUUUAGAGGGAGUUGAAAGUCCGUGUUGCCCAGCGACAGCCCCAAAACAUCACUGCUCUAGAGGAGAUCUGCAUGGAGGAAUGGGCCAAAAUACCAGCAACAGUGUGUGAAAACCUUGUGAAGACUUACAGAAAACGUUUGACCUGUGUCAUUGCCAACAAAGGGUAUAUAACAAAGUAUUGAGAAACUUUUGCUAUUGACCAAAUACUUAUUUUCCACCAUAAUUUGCAAAUAAAUUCAUUAAAAAUCCUACAAUGUGAUUUUCUGGAGAAAAAAAAUCUCAUUUUGUCUGUCAUAGUUGACGUGUACCUAUGAUGAAAAUUACAGGCCUCUCUCAUCUUUUUAAGUGGGAGAACAUGCACAAUUGGUGGCUGACUAAAUACUUUUUUCCCCCACUGUACAUAGACACACUGCCUUUACUCAAACAUAUAAAUAUAACGUUUGUAUGUGAAAACUAUUUCUAAAAUGCAUACUUUCUCCAAACACACUUCAAUCAUGCAUAAGAGGGAGGCUUGCGCUGCUGGUGCUAGCACAUGCGCAGAUCAAAUACACUACUGGAACUCUGAUUAAGCUAUUUACAUGACCUAAUAAUUCGAAAGAUUGCUCAGAAAACCAGGUUUUAAUUGGUGUAUGCGUACUUCAAUUAUGACAUUACACCGAUUUAAUUUAAGCAAAGUAAGGUGUUUACAUGACUAAUGCCAUAAUCAGUUUAAUAUCGAAUUACUAGUGUGCCUGUAAACAUAUUCAAUUGACCACCCCUCCUGUUUUCCCUGUGCAUGCCAACCUUCUCACAGCAAUGAGAUCUGCUGAAUGAACAAACAGCUAUUUUUAUAAUGAAGGCCACACUCUUAAUUGCGAUCUCACACACCUGGCACUGACAGAAGCGCAAGGCUGCGAUUACAAACUGUACCCUGUUAGACAUUUAAUGUUAGCAUCCUAUUGGUUUCCAUUCAUUCACGUCACUACUAAAAAAACUUGGGAAAAAAUACUGUUGAUUGCUGUGAUGUCGACUCCUUUUGGGAUAGAUAUUAAAAUGGCAGGAAAACUUUUUCUUAGCGUGAUACUCUUCACCUGCUAAAGGUUGCUCCCUCCCCUCUGUCACCUCUCUCUCCCAGGCUCCAUUGAGCUGCGUCUGAACGACAUGGUGCGGGCGGCCAAGACCUCAGGGCAGUGCAGCAUACAGAUGGCCAAGGACAAGGCCAGCCCCCGCUUCUCGAUCUUCCGUAGCAAGAGGAUGAAAGGAUGGUGGCCCCUCAUCAAGCUCAAGAGUCAGGAGGACAUUGAGAGGGAGGAGAAGGAGGCUGAAGAGGCAAAGAAGAACAAGAAGAAAGAAGAAAAAGAGCAAGCACAGCAAGAUGAAGCCGGAGGACCUUCAGUUUGUAGACAGCAGUGGGAGCACUUAUCUCCUUAUGGUAAUGCAUUAUGAGAUUAUAACUAACCUGGAGGGUUAUUAUGGCUGGGCAGGAGUAAAUCCUGGUGUGGGUCACAUAGUAAUAGCUGAGGUUAUGGGGAGGAUCCUAGUUAGCCCAAACUCCAUGGAAGUUAGGUAUUUUAUACAUUACCUUCCACUUUCAAAGUUCCAGACACUUUUAAAGUGCAGGGCAGUUAUCCUUAAGAGGCUAUUGACGCAUCCGUGCGUCAAUCUAAGAAACAUAAUAAAAGAAUCCCCAUCAAAAUCCGUCAGUUUAAUACGCUCACUAACAGGGUUGUAAACAAAUGUGUGCACAAAAGUUAAGAGAAAUAAGCUUUAUGUGUGUAUGGAAAAUUUCUGGGAUCUUUUAUUUCAGCUCAUGAAACAUGGGACCAACAUUUUACAUGUUGCGUUUAAAAUGUAAAUGUAAAUGUAAAUAUUUUUGUUCUGUGUAGUAAAGGCCAAAUUCAAUAUAAAUAAAUAUAUUUUUAUACCUAAAGAGGUCCUAAAAUUCCAAAUCAAAUAGCUAGAGGUUAAUGACUUCCAGCAGCUUCGGUCGAGCCUGGACUUAGUUUGGAAUUGGUGGUAGUGAUACGUGUAGGGCUUAAAUAUAACCUUUCUGGAUGUGUGUUGUGAUUAGGGCCCUGUGUAGUCAUGUGACAUAGCAAGAUUGUAUCCUGUAUUUUAAGCCUUAUCCAGAAAUUAGAAUUACACAAAAAAUGAAAGCAAUUGUCUGAGGAUGUUGCUGGACCAUCUGGCAUGAAAUGAAAAGGGGAUUAUUUGAUGAAAAACCUUAAAUAGGGUAAUAAGGUUAAAGUCCAGGCAUGUCACAUAUGAUUGUGCAAGACACAGGGCCCUAUAUGAUUCCUCUUUGUAUUUUCUUUGUUGUUUAGGGAAAAGUGGAGGCAGAGUUCCAGUUGGUGACCCUCGAGGAGGCAGAGCUGGCUCCUGUGGGAAAAGCCCGCAAGGAACCUGAGCCACUUGAAAAACCAAAGUAAGGGACUAAAAUAAUGCUAUUCAAUCAACAUAAUUGUGCAAAAAGCUUUCAUGGUCAUAGGGGAUGUGGUAUAUUUAAGCAAUAAGGCCAGAGGGGGUGUGGUAUAUGGCCAAUAUACCACGGCUAAGGGCUGUUCUUAGGCACGACGUGUUCUUAGGAACGAUGGCUAAGGCUUGGAUACAGCCCUUAGCCAUGGUAUAUUGGCCAUAUACCACAAACCCCUGAAAUGCCUUUUUGCUAUUAUAAACCGGGUCCAUUAUUUUCCCAUUUCCAUCUUCCAAGGCAACCCUAUGCUUGGCGUGUUUGUAUGGCCACAGGCCAUGAUUUCAUCAUGGGUCCCUGUUCUGUACUAAACAGAAAUGCAGAAUUAUGGAUAUGAAUGUCAUAAAUAGGUACACAAAGGCAGAAAUCUGCAAUAUCCUCCUUUGCAUAUUUGGGUAUUAUUCUACACACUGGCUUUAUUUUAAUGAGCUCUGCCACCAAACAAGACCACAUUUGGUUGUUACAGACCGGACCAAAUCUGAACCAAACAUAGAAGUCCAUGUUUCACAAGUUUGGACAUCAACAUACAGCACAGUAGAGCUCAGAAGAGUACAGUAUAGUACAGCAUAGAACAGUAAAGUAGAGUACAGUACAGUAGAGUUCAGUACAGUAUUGUUCAGUAGAGUACAGUAGAGGAUAGUACAGUACAUUAUAGUGUACUCAACUCUAGUGUGCUCCCCUGUGUACUAUACUGAACUCUACUCUACAGGACUGUACUGUGCUGAACUAUACUAUACUCUACUUUUCUUUACUGUACUGUACUCUACUGUGCUGUAAUGUACCAGCGCUUCUAUCAAAGCCUCUCCCUUCAAAUUGGUCCCUUUUGCGAGCAAUUUUGUUAGGCUACAUUGUUUCUUCUUCAGAGCACACUGGCGACAUGUCAUUUUGGAGUGCAAUUUCAUUCAUUCGUUUCCAUCAUCCCUUUGACCGAUAUUUGCUACCAUCUUCGCCACAAUAUUGCAAUAACUAUUUACCUAUUGUGUGCUAAACUGCGGGCAUAUAUUCUGCAUAGGUUUAUUGCAUAUUGUGAUUCGUGGGAAUGUGCUCGUUGUUCGCAGUGUCCAGCCCAGCUGGUGGUGCGGAAAUAGCAGAGGCAGCACUUUUUGCAUGACUUACAGUAACUGUCUGUGGUCCUAAAACAAUAGGUGUGCGCCUUUUUAAUGUAGGGUUACCGUCAGUAAUCUGGGGGCUUCUCCCUAUACUUAGCCUGCAACAUGUCAAAGUUGAAGUGCAUUGCAGUUGUAUUUCCCAUUAUAAUAAUCUUGCUGCUUCAGAAACAUUUUAGUGAGGACUUUAUUAGCCUACAAGUUAAGCAAAACGAUAGUGACAUUUGGGCCAAGAUUAUUAUUAUUAUUAUUAUUAUUAUUAUUAUAUGAACUUGCAUUUGAUCAUGCUGUGUAAGUCAUGUAACUGUUACAUGCAAUAUUUGCUUUGGGGACUUUACCAAACAGAUGUUGCUCUCCGGUUUUAACUGUGAUGAACACAAAUAGCCUAGGCUAUGUGGUUGAAUGUAUUCUGCCACUGUUUACGCCAACUGUUGUUUUCUGGAACAGUGUCUGUAAAAGCCAGGUCACCCGCGAUACAAGUCAGUAUUCGACGUCCAUCCGUGUCUGAGGAUGUCGGGAGAUGAUGUGGAAACAAGCCACAAUGGGCAACAGUGAGCGCUGUUACCUUCAAGUAGGUUUCGGUUUUGCUAGGGAGUUGUGGACAGGGAUGGUGGAUGGGCGUAAGCAUUUUCCUCUUUUGCAAGUUCGAAUCCAGCAAUAGAAAGUUGUUUUUGAGAUUUCUGUUUUAAGCCUAUACCAAACCUUAACCCUUACCUUAACAAUUCGGAGUUCAUGCCUAAACUUAACCUUAAACACUUCAAAAUUGGACGUUUGCAACAACUUUGAAAUUGGACAUUUGAGUAACAUGGAUGAACGUCUAAUUCUGACGUGAGACUGUGAGAGCUAGUUGGUCUGUAGAAGAUGUAUGGCUUGUCGGCCUUACUGUAUAUAUCACGGUGGUGUAUGAAUGCAAUUGCAAUGUAUCAUAGAGAAAACAACGCAAUUAUCACUACAGGUUGAAUAUUUUAAUAUUCAUUGCAUUGUGUUGUUGUAGGUAGGAUAGAUAGGAUAACUGUCUUGUCCCUAAAAACAUAGGCCUAAUCAGUAGGAGAGUUGGAAGCACAGCCUGGAGAGCUCACACAAUGCACCUGUCAUUUCAUAAUCUGAUAGCUUUUUUUAUUGCGACAAGAUAAGUCUAUACUCUUUCAAAAAGUCCUGUAGCAAAAUGUCCGACAUAACAUCACCUAUAGCCUACCGGAUAAUGCGAAGACACAAUGUAUGAAAUGUAUGAAAUUAAUUGAUGGGGAAAGUCUUGUAAGAAAACUCGCUAGACCACCCAAGAGGUGGGGCAAGUGUUGGAUUGAGCAGAGUAGAGUGAUGCUGCCACCACCUUUGUUUGACCGGUAUGGUCCAGCAUCAAAGGAUAGGACACCAAAACUCAAUACAGAUUUAGCAAAUACAAAUGUAGCAAACAAUGAUCUUUAUUAACUACACAAUUUCAUAAAACGGCAUGCAUGAAAUGGUAGGCGACCUACUCAAUUCCUGCAGUCUCUGUAACCCUGUUAACCCGACGAAGGUGCUAAAAGGUGACACUACACACACCAGUGAGGUAUACGUUUAAGGAGAACUGAACAUCAAAGGUUCUACUAGUAUUCACUGCAAAUAGGGCCUAGCCCAAUGAAACGCAAUUGUACAAACAUGCAAAUUCACUGCACACAGGGGCAUAAAAGAUUACACACGGACCCACACCUGAUAAUAAAGUCAUAAAACGUUUAAGGUUCUACUGCUACUUCACUGCAAACCUGGCUUAGCCCACAAAACGCAAUUGUACAAACAUAAAAAUUCACUGCACACGGGCAUAAUAGCCAACAAAAAUACUCUGAUCUUGUAGAUUAUUUACGCACAUUUUAGGGUUAGGAAAGUAUGUAUGAAUCAUUUAAAAAACUGGUUUGGAGAGCCUUUACGCACUAAAUAUAUUGCUGAAUAAAAAAUAGUGGUUUGAUUCAUCCUGAAAGUUGUCUCAUUCAAGUUCAAUCCAUGAAAUAUUGGAAAUGGAAAAAAGUGUACAAUAGGGGUUGAACAAUAGUCCUAUAAAUCUACCCUAAUCCUCACUAAUCAUGGAACUGUAUGACAACGGUCCAGUCGUGGUGAACCGUGCUCCAGGCUCCAGGUUUAACCUGCUACAUGUGGUCUGAGUUCCAUAAUGAUUCAAAUAGGCUACAUUACCCGAAUUAUUGCACAACGGUAGCCUAAUAUGAUCCACUAAUGCUAGCGACCCUCAGGAACAACUUACACAGACGUGACAGAGGAAGGAAAGGUAAACAGAAUGGAAUGAUGCAAAAUGUAAUCUACAAAUUGAAGACAACGAACACUAAAGUGACAGUUCUAAAUAUAUGUGGGCAUUACUGACGGUGGCUCCCGAUAGUGGCUAGUAUUUAACAUGAUACAAAUUGUAAAAUAAAAUGGAGUAUAGCCCGGGCAUACUGUAGACUAUAAUUAAAACAUACAUCAAAUAGCUUGGGUGUCCAGAUUUCAUCCAUUCAAAUUAUGACACAAUAAAAAUUCUGAAUACCGGCACAGCUACAGUGCAUUCGGAAAGUAUUCAGACCCCUUGACUUUUUCCACAUUUUGUUAUUUUACAGCCUUAUUCUAAAAUUGAUUAAAUUGUGUGUGUUUUUUGUCAUCAAUCUACACACAAUACCCCAUAAUGACGAAGCAAAAACAGGUUUUUAGAAAUGUCCUGUUGGAAGGUGAACCUUCACCCCAGUCUGAGGUUGUGAGUGCUUUGGAGCAGGUUUUCAUCAAGGAUCUCUCUGUACUUUACUCUGUUCAUCUUUGCCUCAAUUCUGACUAGUCUCCCAGUCGCUGCCGCUGAAAAACAUCCCCACAGCAUGAUGCGGCCACCACCAUGCUUCACCGUAGGGAUCGAGCCAGGUUUCCUCCAGACAUGACGCUUGGCCAAAGAGUUCAAUCUUGGUUUCAUCAGACCAGAGAAUCUUGUUUCUCAUGGUCUGAGAGUCUUUAGGUGCCUUUUGGCAUACUCCAAUUGGGCUGUCAUGUGCCUUUUACUGAGGAGUGGCUUCCGUCUGGCCACUUUACCAUAAAGGCCUUAAUGGUGGAGUGCUGCAGAGAUGGUUGUCCUUCUGGAAGGUUCUCCCAUCUCCACAGAGGAACUGUAGAGCUCUAUCAGAGUGACCAUCGGGUUCUUGGUCUUUGGUACCCUUCCCCAGAUCUGUGCCUUGACACAAUCCUGUCUCGGAGCUCUACGGACAAUUCCUUCGACCUCAUGGCUUGGUUUUUGCUCUGAUAUACGCUGUCAACUGUGUGACCUUAUACAGACAGGUGUCUGCCUUUCCAAAUAAUGUCCAAUCAAUUAGAUUUACCACAGGUGGACUCCAAUCAAGUUGUAGAAACAUCUCAAGGAUGAUCAAUGAAAACAGAAUCUAAAAAAAAUAAUCUAAAAACCUGUUUUCGCUUUGUCAUUAUGGGGUAUUGUGUGUAGACUGCAGAGAUUUUUAUUUUAUUUAAUCCAUUUUAUAAUAAGGCUGUAACGUAACAAAAUGUGGAAGAGGUCUGAAUACUUUCCGAAGGCACUGUAUAGCCACAAUACAUGUCAUGUUAUGAUUUUCAGUUAGCUUCCAUAUGGCUGGUUUCACAGUGCUCAUAAGGAAAAAUCAUCUAAAACAAUUGCUAUGUGUAUUUACAAUCCCCAUUCUCCAAACUGAUUAUUCAUUUACCUAGCUCUUAUCAAUAGCUCUUAUGCAUUUGUAAAUUACAGUGCAUGGAGAAUGCUGUUAUUUAUAUAGGAAAACAUUUAGUAGAUGCUUUUUCCACUUGGAACCGGUAGGUUCGCUAAACCUUAUUUAUGGUUUCCUCGUGCGUAACGGUGGUGAAAUUAAGUCAAGGUCAGAAUACGGCUUAUCUGAAGACACCUCUACCACACCUUCAUUUCUUAGAUCUCCACCCUGAACGAAUAGCGGGUGAAUAGCUUAAGUUCAAGGACAAAAUACGCAUAGAGUGAAAAGUGCAUAAAAAGGGAAUAAUGUUACAUUUACGCGUGCUUAACUCAGGUCGUAAUCGGGGCCAUUGAGCACAUUUGAUCUGGCAUUAACAUGUGUUUGUUGUUAAGCGAAUACAAAUGCACAUACCGUUCACAUUUUUAAUACAAGGUGUAAAUGGGGUCAUAGACUGCAUUUAAACAUUGCUACAGUAUAGAAGGUUUGAUUGAAUCUGGUCGGUAGGGCACACUUUGUGCAAUUUGCUAGGUUUACACUGAAAACAAAGCUAAAACAUUAACAUUUAUUAAUGUAUUCUUUACUUUAAUGCCUUAUUCCUUUUUCUACUUUUACUUGACCUUUUUCCCUAUCUUCCAACCCCCCUGGAGAAAUCGGUGCAAACUCUACACCUGAGUCCUACUGCUCACACCAUGUCAUAGCCUAAUGUAUACAAAUUAAAUUUCCUUGAAACUGGGAAACAUUACUCACUUUUUUGUUCAUUUUGUCUCUUUCCUCAUUCUACCUUUUUAUUAGUCGCCCCAAGACAACCUUCAACUGGUUUAUCAACCCCAUGAAGACCUUCAUCUUCUUCAUUUGGAAGAAAUACAAGAAGUACAUCAUCGCUCUACUCAUCCUGGCAAUCCUGCUAGUUUUUCUCAUCCUCAUCAUCUACACCCUCCCUGGACAGAUCAGUACGCUCAUCGUAAAUGGAUGAACAGUCAAGUGCAUUAGGAUCAGACGGAGAAUGAAACAUCUAUAUGAGAAAUGUACUUAGUUCUCAUAAGUUCCAUUUAAUUUGUGUUAGGACAUUGUGUGUGGUAGAUUUGCUGUUGGGAUAGACUUUAUCUAUGUAAGUGCUCAUUUCCAUUGUAUAAGACUUUUAAUUUUCAAAUACUUAGUUAUUAUUAGACCAAUCUUAAACCUAUAUUGAACAAUCAAAGCUACUGAUGAGGAAUUAUUUGCACUGACUUGAAUCUUUUGCAUUUUUGUGUUUACUAUUCACAAAUGUUUGUAUUCAUCAACUACAUUAUUUACAAUAUGUACUUUUUCAAUAAAUCUAUGUCAGUG